GCCAGCGACAGGCAUUCAGAGCCCACACAGCACAGCCAGGGCAGGGCAGUCAUACCUGGAAUAAUCAAAGCACGAGACCGGCCAGCCCCCUUCCUCACCUUGCUAUAAGAACCACAGACACCUUGACAGGGUCACAGCUCCAACCAUGGCGACUAAAGUGGACAUCCGGGUAAACGGCCACCAAGCAAACUUGGCAGCUUCCAGGGAGCACGUGCUGGCAGUGACCCGAAAUUACAUUGCAGACCCCAGGCUGUGUAAGUACCCUGCGUGGUGGGAGUGUUAAAGGCGAUAAUAUGGGGGAGAUUUAUCAAAGUUUCUGUUCUGAAAAGUGAGGAAUAUUCUGUAAGGGAAGCCGUCACCAAUGGAAUCUGUCUGCUGAUUGUCCAAGGUCAUACAUGAAUAAUUUCUGAAAUACUAGGAUCAAGUAAAGAGGGGCUACAGCAGGGUUGCCCAAAAUGUAGAUUUCCAGGUGUUGUAGAACCACAACUCCCAUGAUGCUUUGCAUGCCUUUAGAAUGACAGUGCAUUGUGGAGGUUGUAGUUUUAAAACAUCUGGGGAUCUACCUUUUAGGCAUCACUGGGCUUACAGCAUUCCUUUCAUAUUCUGUAUGUAUUAUCUUUAGUAACCAGAAUUGCCAUUUCAUGCUGGCUGUUACAAUAAUGAAAGGAGUCUUUUCACUUACUAUUGUCAAGGAAGUUUUUUUUACUGUAUUUUUAUGGUUUCUGUAAUGUAAAUUAUAUAAGAUAAGACACCAGGGAACAAAGUCAGGAUAGUGGGACUGGCCCACCGUAAUCGGGGCAGCUGGGAGGCCUGGCAUUGUGCAAAUUUAUCCUCAGUAACCACACACGAUCUAAAGACAUCCGUUCUGGUACACCGGUGUGUCACUGCAAAAGGAAGGAUUAAGUCACCUGUGCUAAAGGGGGGCGAUCGUGACAUUCUGGCCCCUUGAUGGGUUCUGUGUGUAAAUGUAAAAUACUCUGAUGGGGCUUAUUCACUAAACACAAAUUUGCAAAUUGAAAAUAGGUUAAAGCAGUCAAGCUGUGAGUACAGAUGGAUUAAUGGUUUUUUGGGGCUUUCAAAUUCACUACAAUUCUAUGUUUAGCAAAUAAAUCCCACUGUUUUGUGCAAGUUAAAGGUGCCAUUCUAUGUUGAAGAUUUAGGUCUUUUUUUAAAUAAUCCUAUUACAAGAAAAUAUUUCAUUAUUAAUCUCUUCUAUUUUUAAUGAAUUAUUCCAGGUCGUUUACCUUUUUGUUGGCUUUGGUUAGCAUUGUUUUGUUUCUGUGAGUUAAAUAAAUCUUUGCUGUUAUUCCGUUACUUAAUGUAUCCAGCACUGCGCAAUUUCAUGGCGCUGUAUAAAAAAAAACAAAAAACAACGCUACAACUAUGGGAUCUCCAGAGAAUUGCUGUUGAAUGCAAGUAGAGCUCAAUGUGCUGUGACCAAGAUAGAUGUAAUGAAUUGUUUAAAAUUUGUAGAGCACCAACAUGCUCUGCAGCGCAGUAUAAUCAGAUGACAUUUACCAUGAGAGACCUGUGCUCUCUGCCUAUAUAGGCAAUAUUGCUGUUUAUGUAUUUUAGUAGAGGGGAAUUUUCUAUUUCGUUUUAGAAGAGUAUAAAUCGAGGCAAUGAGGGACAUAUCAUAUCAUAUAAUACAAGGACACUCUGGCAGUGAAAGGCUGUUGUAAUCCCCUCUGUGAGUUAUGGCUGUCCAGCAGUAAAGGGGUUAAUCGGUGUAAUGGCCGUGCUGUGAUAUGGAAACAUAGAUCACGCUGUCUGUUUGUUGUCUAUACAGUGAGAUGUUUUGGUUCACAGAUCAUAACACUGGGCAGAAGUCUGUCAAUAGAGCUCUGUAUAGCCAGGUGUCUAUCGCUCAUCUCUCUAUCUCUCCCAUCACUUUGUAUGUUUGUCUCUCUGUUCAUCGUCUCUCUGUCUCUCCCACCUAUCUGUUUUUGUGAUUUUAAAGAGACACUAUAGUCACCAAAAUAACUUUAGCUUAAUGAAGCGGUUUUAGUGUAUAGAUCAUGCCUACGAAUUUUCACUGCAUAAUUCAUUGCCAUUUUGGAGUUAAGUCACGUUUGUUUCUAUUUAUGCAGCCCUAGCCACACAUCCCCUGACUGUGACUGACACAGCCUGCAUGAAAACAAAAGUGUUUAAUUUUCAAUAGCAUGCAACUUACUUUAAAAGUUUUUGUCUCCUGCUCUGUAAAUUGAACUUUAUUCACAUACAGGAGGCUAUUGGAGGGUCUAGCAAGCUAUUAACUGAACAGGGAAUAAGAAAUUCUAAAUUAAACAUAAUUUGCAAUAAGGAAGUAUAACAAUUAGAUGACUCUUCACAGGAAGAGUUUAGAAAGGCCGUGUAAGUCACAUGCAGGGAGGUGUGACUAGGCUGCAUUAACAAAGUGAUUUAAUUCCUAAAUGGCAGAGAAUUGAGCAGUGAGACUGCAGGAGCAUGAUCUAUACACCAAAACUGCUUCAUUAAGCUAAAGUUGUUUUGGUGACUAUAGUGCCCCUUCAAACCUGUCUGUCCUUCUGACUCAUACAUCAUAGGGGAUAUUUAGCAAAGUGUCACUGACACUCUAAUGCCUCAUUUUCAGAGAAAUUUCUGUUGCAAUGAAUUAACAGGGUUAUUGACCAAAGUGAGAAUUCAAUGUAAAUUUUAAAUUUUCAAAUUUGGCUACUUUGACCUUAAUCGGUUACAAUAACCCUUUGUCACAUAAAGUAUGUCUUAGCUCGUAAUGCCUUGUUGGGCACCAGAACAAUUGUCAAACUGCUUUGUUAAUCAUAAAAUAAGUUAAAACUAACCUGGAAUCCAGCGCCGGACCAAGCUCACAGCGAAGCGUUCCACGCCUCUUUACGACGUCAGGGCAGCUGCAGGCUGAAGCCUGUGAUUGGACCAAUUGAAUGGCUCAGAGCGCAUGUGCGAAAUCUGAUCCUGCAAGUGGAAGAUGUUAGUGGGGAGGAGGAGGGAGGAUUUAAAAAACUAAAAAAAACAUUGUUUUAAAAGUGGAGAUUACUUCUUUUGGGCAGCGAUUCAAACUGAAACACUAUGUGCACAUACUCCUACCACCAUGACCACUUCAAGACACUAAAGUAGCCAUGGUGGUCGGAGUAGCCGUUUACGCUUGAAAUUCAGUUUGAAUUCACCUUGAAUCUGUUGCUUUUUGUUCCCUAUCUGUCAAUUUUGAAUAUACACCAUGUUUUCACUGAUACAACAGAUUAAUGGAUUAUCCACCAGUUGUUUCAGACAGAUUCUGUUUUACUUCUCCCUGCCAAAUGUGGCGGUCUUCUGAAACUUUUGGAAAACUUUAAUACAGUCAAAAUAAUGAUUGAAUUUUACUGUCACGUUUCAGUACAGCCUUCCAGUGAAGGUUAUACAGCCUACAUAGGAAUGGUAGUAGGCACCUGGAACAGCCUUCCAGUGAAGGUUAUACAGCCUACAUAGGAAUGGUAGGAGGUACCUGGAACAGCCUUCCAGUGAAGGUUAUACAGCCUACAUAGGAAUGGUAGGAGGUACCUGGAACAGCCUUCCAGUGAAAGUUAUACAGCCUAAAUAGGAAUGGUAGCAGGUACCUGGAACAGCCUUCCAGUGAAAGUUAUACAGCCUACAUAGGAAUGGUAGGAGGUACCUGGAACAGCCUUCCAGUGAAAGUUAUACAGCCUACAUAGGAAUGGUAGGAGGUACCUGGAACAGCCUUCCAGUGAAGGUUAUACAGCCUACAUAGGAAUGGUAGGAGGCACCUGGAACAGCCUUCCAGUGAAAGUUAUACAGCCUACAUAGGAAUGGUAGGAGGUACCUGGAACAGCCUUCCAGUGAAAGUUAUACAGCCUACAUAGGAAUGGUAGGAGGUACCUGGAACAGCCUUCCAGUGAAAGUUAUACAGCCUACAUAGGAAUGGUAGGAGGUACCUGGAACAGCCUUCCAGCGAAAGUUAUAUAGCCUACAUAGGAAUGGUAGGAGGUACCUGGAACAGCCUUCCAGUGAAAGUUAUACAGCCUACAUAGGAAUGGUAGGAGGUACCUGGAACAGCCUUCCAGCGAAAGUUAUAUAGCCUACAUAGGAAUGGUAGCAGGUACCUGGAACAGCCUUCCAGUGAAGGUUAUACAGCCUACAUAGGAAUGGUAGCAGGUACCUGGAACAGCCUUCCAGUGAAAGUUAUACAGCCUACAUAGGAAUGGUAGGAGGUACCUGGAACAGCCUUCCAGCGAAAGUUAUACAGCCUACAUAGGAAUGGUAGGAGGUACCUGGAACAGCCUUCCAGUGAAGGUUAUACAGUCUACAUAGGAAUGGUAGUAGGCACCUGGAACAGCCUUCCAGUGAAAGUUAUACAGCCUACAUAGGAAUGGUAGGAGGUACCUGGAACAGCCUUCAAGUGAAAGUUAUACAGCCUACAUAGGAAUGGUAGGAGGUACCUGGAACAGCCUUCCAGUGAAGGUUAUACAGCCUACAUAGGAAUGGUAGUAGGCACCUGGAACAGCCUUCCAGUGAAAGUUAUACAGCCUACAUAGUAAUGGUAGGAGGUACCUGGAACAGCCUUCCAGUGAAAGUUAUACAGCCUACAUAGGAAUGGUAGGAGGUACCUGGAACAGCCUUCCAGUGAAAGUUAUACAGCCUACAUAGGAAUGGUAGGAGGUACCUGGAACAGCCUUCCAGUGAAAGUUAUACAGCCUACAUAGGAAUGGUAGGAGGUACCUGGAACAGCCUUCCAGCGAAAGUUAUACAGCCUACAUAGGAAUGGUAGUAGGUACCUGGAAUAACCUCCUAGUGGAGGUAUGUGUUUUUGAAUAAUAGAUGGGGCUAAUAUGAGAUCAGAAAUUAUAUUAUUAAUAAACGAUCUGAAUAUUUACGUGUAAAUCCCCCAGUGUGCCGCCCAGUCAGGGAAGUCGUAUUUUGGGAUCUCUCUUUGGGUACCAGUGAUACAAAUGGCAUAGUAAGGCUGUAAUUAAGCCAGAUACAGACAGAGCAAGCAGCCUCCUGUGGUUUUUAUUGACAGUAAACGGGUGGGGGCCCUAUCCUGAUCCAUAUUGACAAAGUAUAAACCUUUUCAGUGUCAAAUAAAACAACUCGUUGACAGUUAUCUGCGUCUCUGUUGGUGACCAUCCAUUAAUGGCCCUCAAACUAAUUCACAUGGAAUGUGCGCGUGUUUGUUUGUGCAUACAGGUAGCAUGCGUGUGUGUCUAUGCAGGUAGGGUGUGUGUGUGUGUGCGUGGCACUAACAAUAAUAUUUACAAGGUCAAUUGUCAAGAACUGAUUUUUUUUACCCCUUUUUCAUAUAUUGUAAACUUGUUUGAGCCACUUCAUAUCAUGUUUGUCAGUUACUUUUCAAAUAUUCCCAUUCUAGAAUUGUAAAGUGCUAUAUCAUUAUUUUAAAUUAUAUUAAUAAUAAUAAUAAUAAUAAUAAUAAUAAAAUCCUUAAAUCCAGCUGUUUUCGGUACAGCUAUUUUGGCUUCAGACAUAACAUUCUCUUUGAAUUCUUAAAGGGAAACUUCAGUGCCAGGAAAACAAUCCGGUUUCCUGGCACUGCAGGUUCCCUCUCCCUCCCACCCCCCAAUCCCCGGUUGCUGAAGGGGUGAAAACCCCUUCAGUAACUUACCUGAGGCAGUGGCGAUGCCCUCGUCGCUGCUUCCUCCUCCGCCACCGCUCCUCCUUCUGACUGCGUCAGCCGGUGGGCAAAACUGAUCCCGCCCACCGGCCGGGAAGACCUAAUGCGCAUGCGCGGAAAUGCCGCGCAUGCGCAUUAGCGCUCCCCAUAGGAGCCUUAAAAAUGCAUUUCAGUGCUUUACUAUGGGGAAAUGAGUGACGCUGGAGGUUUCCUGUGCUAGGAAGCAGGAAGUGCCCUCUAGUGGCUGUCUAGUAGACAGCCACUAGAGGUGGGGUUAACCCUGCAAGGUAAUUAUUGCAGUUUAUAAAAAACUGCAAUAAUUACACUUGCAGGUUAAGGGUAGUGGGAGUUGGCACCCAGACCACUCCAAUGGGCAGAAGUGGUCUGGGUGCCUGGAGUGUUCUUUUAACAGUUCCCCCUUUAUUGAAUAAUCUGUGAUUUUCAGAUUGUUUCCCCUUGGUUAUUCGUUUGCCAUAUUUCUGUGGAAUUCUUAUGAAUUCAGCAUUCUCUUGGACAGGCUUAUAAAGCACUGUGCUACCGGCAAUGAAUUCAUUAACUAAUUACAGCCGGAGCUGCCUCAGUUAAUUAAUUCCAAUGAAAUUUGGAUUGCAUGUAUUCUGCAUUCUGUCAGGCAGGACUCUCAAUCCUUCACAGAAAGAAAGCUGGAUCCAUAGAUAUCACCCAAAAUCGGUUGAUCUGGCAAGUGUUCUUAGAACCAGCACUGAUUUUUAAUCUCAGAAAGCAGAAUUUGCUUUAAGGGUACAAACCCCCCACCCAAACGAGGGCCGUAAAAAGGAAAAAAAAUCUCAUUCAUUAAUGGGUUGUGGGGUUAAGUUUUCAAGUGUAUUAACUAGCACACCAUCUGGUCAUUAACUACUUGGAAAGCCUUCUGCAGUGGUCAGCUCUGCUUAAUUAGGGCAUAACAAUUAUCAUGUGUUUAUUUCACGUAGUCUUGCCAGAGCCCCAGUAAACAGCUUGAAUUUCUGAGUGAAGAGAUGGUAGCUCUCUUUUAUUCUCCCCCUGUAAUCAAUCAAUCUCUGAGCAGUCUGGGUGGGACAUGACAAUUAACCCUUUGGCAACAGGACUGUCCUACAAAAGAAAUUGCAUGCAGAUUUUUAGUAGCACUUUUUUUUUUGUUAAUAGCUGCGAUCACAAUCUCAUACUUUCAGACUGCCCCAGUUUAGGAGGAACAGUCCCUAUCUUGGUAUAACAUUCCUCGCUCCCUCUUUUCUAGAAGCUCCAUGUUGUCGGUAUGUCUGAGUGUAUAACAGAGCUCCACAGUAAUAAUACUCCCAGUAAUGUGUCUUAGUGUAUAACAGAGCUCCACCGCAAUAAUACUCCCAGUAAUGUGUGUGUAUAACAGAGCCCCACAGCAAUAAUACUCCCAGCAAUGUGUCUGAGUGUAUAACAGAGCUCCACAGCAAUAAUACUCCCAGUAAUGUGUCUGAGUGUGUAACAGAGCUCCACAGCAAUAAUACUCCCAGUAAUGUGUCUGAGUGUAUAACAGAGCUCCGCAGCCAUAAUAUUCCCAGUAAUGUAACUAAAAUUAUAGAUCAGGAUGGUGCAGUAGACAUUGCUUACCUAGAUUUCAGUAAGGCUUUUGACACUGUUGCACAUAGAAGGCUCAUCAAUAAACUGCAAUCUUUAAGUUUGGAUUCAAAUAUUGUUGAAUGGGUAAGGCAGUGGCUGAGUGACAGGCAACAGAGGGUUGUAGUUAGUGGAAUAUAUUCGAAGCUUGGACUUGUCACCAGUGGGGUACCUCAGGGAUCUGUACUUGGACCCAUUCUCUUUAAUAUUUUUAUUAGUGAUAUUGCAGAAGGUCUUGAUGGUAAGGUAUGUCUUUUUGCUGAUGAUACUAAGAUAUGUAACAGGGUUGAUGUUCCAGGAGGGAUAAGCCAGAUGGCAAAUGAUUUAGGUAAACUAGAAAAAUGGUCAGAAUUGUGGCAACUGACAUUUAAUGUGGAUAAGUGCAAGAUAAUGAAUCUUGGAUGUAAAAACCCAAGGGCAGAGUACAGAAUAUUUGAUAGAGUUCUAACCUCAACAUAUGAGGAAAGGGAUUUAGGGGUUAUUACUACUAAACUGGUUCAUGGAUUGCGGGAUAAAACUUACCAGGAAAGGUUAAAGGAUCUUAACAUGUAUAGCUUGGAGGAAAGGCGAGACAGGGGGGAUAUGAUAGAAACAUUUAAAUAUAUAAAGGGAAUCAACACAGUAAAGGAGGAGACUAUAUUUAAAAGAAGAAAAACUACCACAAGAAGAGGACAUAGUCUUAAAUUAGAGGGACAAAGGUUUAAAAAUAAUAUCAGGAAGUAUUACUUUACUGAGAGGGUAGUGGAUGCAUGGAAUAGCCUUCCAGCUGAAGUGGUAGAGGUUAACACAGUAAAGGAGUUUAAGCAUGAGUGGGAUAGGCAUAAGGCUAUCCUAACUAUAAGAUAAGGACAGGGACUAAUGAAAGUAUUUAGAAAAUUGGGCAGACUAGAUGGGCCGAAUGGUUCUUAUCUGCCGUCACAUUCUAUGUUUCUAUGUUUCUAUGUAACGUAUAACACCUUAUGGACAGAGGCAAUUGUGCAAAUUCAGAUCAAAACAAAAUUUAAACAAACUAUAGGAGAGAGGUGAACUAUAGUUGAGCCAAAUAUAGCUCCAAUAAAAGAGCAGGGGUGCCCACAUUGUAGAUUCCCCAUAUUCUGUAGAACUACAACUCCCGUGAUGCUUUGCGUGCCUUUAGAAUGACAAAGCAUCAAGGAAGCUGCCGUUUUAAAACAUCUGGUGAUCUACCUUGUGGGCACCCCUGCUCCUUUAUUGGAGCUAUAUUUGGCUUUCCUAUUAAGUACACCUACACUCAUAUCAUUUUGUUCAGAAGAAACAGGGUUUUCAUUUAACAUUAAAUAUUUAUAUAUGAAAUAUAAUUUAAUGUGAAGAAAAACUAAAAAAUGUUUGCGAAAUUAAGAAAUAUUUUCCUUCGGUGCAGCAUAUUAACUGUGAAUGUCAUAUACUGUUAGCUUUUACUGCAAUAAAACACACAUUUCUGUUCAGCAAUGUCUCACGAGUACAUCAGUGCCCCCGAUGUUAAGGUUUUAUGGUGUUUUGGGAAGUUACAGGGUCAAUAUAGGGUUUGCCAAUUUCUGUUUGCCAGAUUGGUUUGCGGGGUUUAUGUUUGAGACCGUAUGGCAGCCCAGAAAAGAAUAUUACCCCCAUCAUGGCAUACCAUCUGCAAAAGUAGACAACCCAAGGUAUUACACGUGGGGUAUGUCCAGUCUUUUUUAGUAGCAACUUAGUCGCAAAUACUGGCCAAAGUUAGCGUUUUUGUUUGUCUGUGGAAAAUGCAAAAAAAUCUAAAUAUGAACGCUAACUUUGGCCAGUGUUUGUAACUAAAGAAGACUGGGCCUGGCCCAUUUGCAAUACCCUGCGAUCACAUUACUGGUGACAACCGGAUCAGCCCCAAGAUCGCGGCCACCAGCGGGGGAUCUGCGGGGACCUGGUAAGUAAUAGGGACACCUGCUGUCCUUAAGGGGUUGAAGGAAUUCUCCAAGUAUCAAAGCUACUACAGCGCACCCCCCAAAGAAAUCAAACUGUUUUAAGAUGGGGUGACUUGUUUACCUGGGGUCCACAAUUCCAAACUCUACUACCUCAGCCAAAGGGACAGAACUUCCUGUGCAGGAGCUUACAUUAGCGCUCCUGAACUAAACCGCGCAGUCACCUGAUCGCUCUCAUCCAAUGAGCUAAGCCCUGCAGUCACCUGAUCAUUUUCAUCCAAUGAGCUAAGCCCUGCGCCGCCAUGCUUAACUCAGACCAGAGCUUCCACCGUUCUGGCUGAGGUAAUGGAGACAGGGGCCGGCGUCCGACAGACCCAAGGUAAAAGCUGUUCUAAAUCUCCUUAUAAUGGUUAAUGACAGUAAUUUACAGUUAAGUUUAUACGGAAUAUUUUGGGAUAAUAAUGAAACAUCUGCCACAUUUUAGCAUCAUCCAAGCACUGGGUUCUCUGUAACCUCAUGACAUCAGCCUAUCAAGCUCAUCAUCAUGAGAUUAAAGGGACACUGUAGGCGCCCAGACAAUUUCCGCCCAUUGAAGAGGUCUGGGUGCCAACUCCCAUCACCCUUAACCCUAGAGUGGUAAUUAUUGCAGAUUUUAUAAAGGUUAUCUCCUCCACUAGAGGGACUUCCAGGUGCUUAGACCACUUUUGGUCGCCUAAUCGACGCUGGCCGUCAUUACGCUAUGCAUGACGACUUUGAACGUCGCCGGAAUCCCCAUAGGAAUUCACAGAACGCCAUUGUUGCAAGGUAUACAAAAAUGUGAACAUGCUAUUGGUUGGUUACAAACACUGGAAUCUAAUUUACCUCUAUGUGUGAUUCAGUGCUCUCUGCAGGGUCCUAGUGAGAGCAAGCGUCUAAAAAUGUGCUGCGGGACACCAAGGAAGGAAGCCAGGGUGGCAGGACAGGAUACUAAAAUCGGGAUAGUCCGGCUGACCCUACAUCAACCAAAUAUAGCAAAUGUGUUUUUUUUUUGUUUUUUUUUUAAAGAUCAAAGGUGUUUAUGUACUAAAGAGUGAAUACACAGAAAAUGUGAUAAUUCUCCAUCUCACCUGCUCCUCUAACUGUUAUCUAAGGCUAAUCUUUACAAGUCGGAUGUCAGUUCACAGUUUGGGGAAUGAACCCCAUUGAUUUUUUUUGCUUUUGUCCAUUGAUGUGGGGUCAGUGUGCUCUGCGUUCAGAGAGGCCCAGCCAUCUGCAAUUUGCCAUUUCCUGAAAGUCCUGAAGCAGACCUGAUUGUAUGUGACAUAAUUCCCAAAGGAGCAAGAGGUCCUGUUCUUCUAUCACAUGCCAAGGCCGAUGGGUGUGAAAAUGAUUAGCAGGGGUCAUUAUCGCUCCUUAACUCUUUGCUUCAUCAGCCCUGGGUGAAAACAUGUCAGAUUAUCCAGGUCUGAACACUGACCUGUACACCUGGCUCUGAUUAAAACACAGCGCCCUCCAGAGAGAGAUUGGGGAAUAGCAGCUCCCAUAUCUGUUGGAACCUUUGUGUUUGAAUGAGCAUGCUGAGAGUUGUAUUCUACCUGUUAAAAGACAGGCACACAAGCAAUUACUUUUUAUUUCUUUUUAUAUAUUUAUUGUCAUUUUAUUUGAGUGUAAGCUAUUCUAAAUUAACAAACCUUCGUCCAAAACGUUGGAAAUAAGCUGCAAAAAUAUAUUUUUUUCCACCUCGACUAAGGAUAUAAAUGUAAAAGGUGUUAUUGAUUGUGUAUGUUUUGGUGAUAAUGGAAGCCAAUUAUUCUACUUUCUAUAAACCUCUGGUGUUACAUCUGCUUGGGUCUUGUUGAGCUCAGCCUGAUGGGAGUUGUUCUUUGCAGCACCAGGGGUGCCAGGACUUUGUUUUUUUCUGGUUAAUUACUAAAGUGAAAACUCAAGGUGAAUUUCAGAUUUAAGGUCAAAAUAGCCGAACUGGAAAAAUUCUCUAAGUCAGCGUUGCAUUCAGUUCGACUACUUUGGCCUUAAAAUUGGAAUUCUCUUUGAAUUAUUUUUCACUUUAGUGAGAAUUACUGUGUGUAGCUCUCAUAAAUUUCAGCCUCAGCAUGAUGGGAGUUGUAGUUGUGGAGAUCCAGAAUCCUAAAGUCUUUUCAUGAUGUAGCUGUUUUGUGCACUCCUUGCUGAUUGCCUGCUUAGAAAGAGUGCAUUCUCUGAAGCUCCUGACAAAGGCCAUUAACAGUGACAAUUAGUGAUGUGGGUUAGACGCAGCCCGUUCCCUUUAGACUCUGCCAUGGCCCAGCAGUCUGGGUUGUUUGCUCUUGACCUUACUGACCCCUUUUCUGCCAGGCGUGAAGGCAUACACAGAGCCUCACACCCUGCAGCCUGACGCGCUUCACCUCCUGAGCUCCCCCUGACGGUGCUGCUGCCACCAAACUGCUGGAUACAGUGUGCAGGAGACUCGGGGGGGACAUUGGGGAUGUGUGAGUGGUGCACGACCUGAUCAGCCGCCUUGCAAACACAUGCCAUUAACAAGGUUAUUUACCAAACAUGACUCUAGUGCUCCACAUUUGGAGAGUCCCCCUGCUGUGCUAACUAAACUCAGAGCAUUGUCUAUGUGACAUGGGCAGCGCCGCAUGGGACUGACUGAUGCGGCUGCCUGUCCCACCCCUGCCCAAAUUCAAACUGAACUCAGAAACCCAAGGGGUUCCUGCUGACUCUGUAGUAUUAUUAUAGUAGGUGCGUGUGACACCAGUGUUUGACGGUCACAGACCAAGCAGGCAUGGAGAAGGCGAGCCGGUGAGGGCUAUAGACACACUAUACCUUCUAACACUGGAAAGUUAGAGGAUGGAACUGGGGGUGGGUGCGGUGACUGUGGAAGUGACAUUUAUUUUUGUGUCACUGGCGAUGUCCAAAAGGGGUUACUCCAGCUGAAAGGGUGUGGUACACCUAAAAAAGGGGCAUGUUAGCCUGGCAUGAAUGCACACCCCACUGACUAGCAUACAGCCAUAUGUACAGUGCUACUGAAGCUCAUAUUUGGCAAACAAAAAACCAUUUAAAUCUGUGAUUUUAUGCGUACCAUCCUGGACCACAUGCUUAAACAUACUGAGUCUAUGUGGUUCAUUUAGAUGUGCAAUCCUAAAACUGACUGGUGUCUUAUUGACAUUACUGAGAAAUUACAAAGCAAAAUUACUUGUUGUCUUGAUCAAUUAAUUUGCCAAAAAUGUCUUACAAUUAACAGGGAUUCUGUAUCAGCUGGUUGCCAAGGCAGACUUUAAAUGAUUUCAUUAAGUCCCACAGUGCCUUGCAGUGAGUAUUACAAUGUAUUCUCUUUACGGGCAGCCCACAGAGCGAAGCCCCCUGUCCCUAAUUUCCUUGUACAUCAAGUCAUUGCUCUCUGGCACCUAACCGAAUGGGUUCCUGUUAUAUGCCCCAUUGCUCUCACUUGGCUCACCUUCACAGCUUGGCAGAUCCCUUCCUUGGCAGCCAGCCCACCGCUCAGCUUUCUCUCAUCCCAGGAAAGAAUCUCAGAGAAAACAAAGAGUGAUGGUAAAAUCCUUGUCCGGGCCUCCCUUUAGGGAACAAAUUGAGCAAAACGUUGUACACGGCUAGAGCAUUGUACACUUUGUUGCCACAUUGCACCCCCGGCUGCAAACGAAGCCGUCUCCCUCUUAGCUAACAUUAACCUCUGCUCAAUGAGCAACAACUUGUAGCAUGGUUUUUCACUAAGGUCCAAAAAAAACAAAUUAAUUAACACUUAAAAAAAAUUAUUAUUUUUUGUAAUUUGUAUAAAUUUUUUAUUAUUCUUUAUUUUUGUAGUGCAUGAAAACAUAACAUGGUAGCUCGCAGUGCCCCAACAGCAUUUGCAAGUAUACGAUAAAACACAGCAUAACAGUUGGUCAGCUUUAGAAAAUACAGCACAAUUUUUAUAGUAGAUUAUAGUCCGGUUAAGUAAGCAUGUCUAAUCGACUGGUAAAAAUUAAACUAGGUGAGCAAGAACUAUUCUAGACAUGUAGAGGUUAAGAAGCAGUACACCCUAGACCCAGAGGCACCUGGAUAGUUUAUAUGUCACAGUGCUUGGCUCAAAAACACUGAUCAAGGUUAAGCUAGUGCACCAUGUAGCUGAGAUGUGGAAACAUAGGUCAGUGAAGAGACAAUAUUGUAUGUGAGCUGAGCUACCACACAUUAUGGUGAUGAACACACACAGGAGUAAAUAUGUGAUGUUGGCAGAUUAAAGAAUAGGUGUUUAACAGGAGCUAGACUCUUAUCAGAGUGGGCAAGCCGUGCGACUGUUAAGUAUCACGAGUGUCACUUAGCCCACGCCAGCAGCUGGUAUGACAUAGUUCCCAAGGUGGUGUUGGUCUGCCCAUCCAGUGGCAUGAGAUCCAUAGGGUGGUGUAGAGACCUCUGAGGCUCCCUGUGUGUGCCUUUCCCCUCUGCUGUCCAAGUGGAAAGCUCAGGCCUUGCUGAAGCAUGCUUCGGAGCAGGUCCAUUAACAGCCUGUCUGGAUUUGAACCGUUGUGGUCUGUGCCAUCAGGAGCACACCCUCCGAGGGUUAGAGGCCACAGGUUGUGCCUGAAUAUAUUGGGGAGACUGUACAGGCGAGUGGCACUGUUGCUUCAUUGGUCUUCUAAGGAGCCGAGUAGAAGGGUCGGUGUCAGCUUGCCGCGGAGAACUGCGGCUCGGUAUCAAGCCUUGCUUCUGUGGAGAGCACACCGCAUUGCAGGAUACUAGAUGCUAAUUGGGUUGCAGAGGUGAAUCAGCAGACGAAUGUAUGUGUGAGAGACAUUGUGCUCUGCUUGCCAGUUUCAGCCAGAAUGCUUCAAAUAUCCUGUCCAGUCUGGACUCGAGUGAGAGUUGCGGGCUCCUUUACCCCAGCCUCCAUUUUGGCAGUGCCACUCUCCUGGCUGUGCUUCCUAUGUUGAUGGGGUUCCAGGAUUACCCUCUCCGUCGGAGGGGGGGAGAUGGGCUCAACCACCGCAAGGCUGUUUCCUUGCAGGCAAGAGACCGAGAGAUAGGCCGCUUCUGUGUCCCCACCACCAGGAGGGCCCUUAAGUAGGCCGCAGGACUUUACACCACAGAUUCCGAGGUAAGGAAGGCAAUGUCAUUCCCACCUGCCUUAAUAAAGCACUUGAAGCUUCAAGCUUGUAAUAAGGGGCUCAAAAGUCUAUUAUAUCGCUUAAAUUCAAAGUUCCUCACGGAGCUCAGGCUUAGUGCAACCGUUCGGCAUGGUGGUCAGGCCACCUGUAGUUUGUAUUUUGAAAGUUUUCUUUCAGCAUACAACUAUGCAAUAGUAUGGGGAGUAUAGUAGAUACAUGUAUAUUAGGUCAUCGCUGGCUUGUUUCUGGGAUCUCAUAGCUCAGCAUACAGUCUCGUUAUGUAGGGCAUGUAAUAUAAUAAGAAAGAAAGAAAAAAGGUAGGUAAGCAAAAGGCAGGGAGAGAAGGAUGGAUUAAAGAAUGUAGGUGUAGGCCACUCAAACGAUAGCCUAAUGUCGGGGAAAGCGGGUCUCUCUACCUAAAAUUGCUGCCUCUGCUUACGCCCCAUGUUGUCAGCGUAUAUGUAGUAUUUAUAGCUUCACAGUCUGCUUAAACUAAUAACACACACAGAAUGAAAUGUUGCCAUGUUUUUAUUAAACACACCAUGUAAACAUUCACAGUGCAGGUGGAAAAAGUAUGUGAACCCCUAGACUAAUGACAUCUCCAAGAGCUAAUUGGAGUGAGAUGUCUGCCAACUGGAGUCCAAUCAAUGAGAUGAGAUUGGAGGUGUUGGUUACAGCUGCCCUGCCCUAUAAAAAAAAACACACACCAGUUCUGGAUUUGCUUUUCACAAGAAGCAUUGCCUGAUGUGAAUGAUGCCUUGCAUAAAAGAGCUCUCAGAAGACCUACGAUUAAGAAUUGUUGACUUGCAUAAAGCUGGAAAGGGUUAUAAAAGUAUCUCCAAAAGCCUUGCUGUUCAUCAGUCCACGGUAAGACAAAUUGUCUAUAAAUGGAGAAAGUUCAGCACUGCUGCUACUCUCCCUAGGAUUGGCCGUCCUGUAAAGAUGACUGCAAGAGCACAGCGCAGACUGCUCAAUAAGGUGAAGAAGAAUCCUCGAGUGUCAGCUAAAGACUUACAAAAGUCACUGGCAAAUGCUAACAUCCCUGUUAGCCAAUCUACAAUUCGUAAAACACUAAACAAGAAUGGAUUUCAUGGGAGGAUACCACAGAGGAAGCCACUGCUGUCCAAACAAAACAUUGCUGCACGUUUACAGUUUGCACAAGAGCACCUGGAUGUUCCACAGCAGUACUGGCAAAAUAUUCUGUGGACAGAUUAAACCAAAGUUGAGUUGUUUGGAAGAAACACACAACACUAUGUGUGGCAAAAAAAAGGCACAGCACACCAACAUCAAAACUUCAUCCCAACUGUGAAGUAUGGUGGUGGGGGCAUCAUGGUUUGGGGCUGCUUUGCUGCGUCAGGGCCUGGACGGAGUGCUAUCAUCGAAGGGAAAAUUAACUCCCAAGUUUAUCAAGACAUUUUGCAGGAGAACUGAAGGCCAUCUGUCUACCAGCUGAAGCUCAACAGAAGAUGGGUGUUGCAACAGGACAAUGACCCAAAGCAUAGAAGUAAAUCAACAACAGAAUGGCUUAAACAGAAGAAAAUACGCCUUCUGAAGUGGCCCAGUCAGAGUCCUGACCUCAACCCGAUUGAGAUGCUGUGGCAUGACCUCAAGAAAGCGAUUCACACCAGACAUCCCAAGAAUAUUGCUGAACUGAAACAGUUCUGUAAAGAGGAAUGGUCAAGAAUUACUCCUGACCGUUGUGCACGUCUGAUCUGCAACUACAGGAAACGUUUGGUUGAAGUUAUUGCUUCCAAAGGAGGUUCAACCGGUUAUUAAAUCCAAGGGUUCACAUACUUUUUCCUCCUGCACUGUGAAUGUUUACAUUGUGUUCACUAAAAACAUGGCAACAUUUCAUUCUUUGUGUGUUAUUAGUUUAAGCAGACUGUGAUUGCCUAUUGUUGUGACUUAGAUGAUGAUCAGAUCACAUUUUAUGACCAAUUUGUGCAGAAAUCCAUAUCAUUCCAAAGUGUUCACAUACUUUUUCUUGCAACUGUAUAUAUUCUGUAGCCUAAUAGACUGUAAAAGUGUCCAGAAUAGUUACAUUUCAGAUUAAUUCCUGGUCUUUGUCACAAAUUAAUUAGUACCUGCUGGUUGCUCAAGCUCUUUCCUGCUCUAGUGGAAAGGAUAAUAAAGAUAGUAAAAUAUGGGCUUUAAGAGGAAGAUCUGCCCAAAAGUGCCCCUCUACCCCUCACACAAUGUCCCGCAGGUGUGCAGAUAUAGCUACUUCUCACGUCAAUGAAAGGCUAACAAAGAAUCAUGAAACUUGCAUUUCUACAAUACGUUGGCAUCUUUUGAUUUCCUCAACUAAACUCACCUUUUCCAUCGUUAACCAUGAAUGCCCUUGAAUGGACAUCCUCUAAAAUGAAACAUCCUCUAAAAUGAAACAAUAUAAAAAAAUCCAGUGAAAGUUAAAAACACGGCCACAAUCCGGCCUCGUGACUUAUGGCAAGCUGCCCCUGGGGCACCUAACCAGUAGCUCUGUAAGCAUUUUGGUUGGAACUAUUCUUUUUUGUGUGUGAGUGGUGGUGUUAUUUUAUCACAUUUCUGUAUAUUUUGCUAUUUUAGAGAUAUUCCAUUUCCAAGACCAAACGAUGAGUAUAUGAGUCAGUACUGGAUAAAGUGAAUAAAAGACAUUUCCUGUGACUGUAGGGGGUAGUCAAAAGCUUAGAUAUAUUUCACCCUACCCUAUCCAAUGGGGCCAGCGUAUGGUUGGAUAGGAUAUCUCCAGCUAUUUCUGUGUGGCCCUAGAACUAAAUUUGCAGAAUUCACCAUAUUCCCUUGGGCACAUAUCACAUCCUCAUGCUGUUGGGCAAUACAUGAUAAAUGUUGCCCUACAGUAUAGAGGGUUCAUAUGCUGCAAGAGCGGUUCAUUAAUCCAUUUACAGACUUUACGCACAGGGCUGAAUCAUACCAGCCUGAUCCUGCCCAUAACCCUCAGCCAGACAAAGUUAUAACUAAUUGGGCGAUGCAGGAGCACGUUGCAUUUUCCCAACUUGAAGAAAGGAUGCUUUCUGCUAUUAUCUCAGCAUAAUAGGAGUUGCAAUCCAACAAUAGUUGGAGUGUCUUACUGGCAUAUCAAGGUGAGGCCACAUGACCACAAAUCCUAGUUGGCAACAGGUCCACGUUGCGUCCAGUGAUGGCGUAGACGGGGGCCCACACAAAUUGGGGAGAGACAAAGGAAGCGUGAACACUUGCAAAUUAAUCUUUUCCUCAAUGAAACAUGAAAUAUGUGUUUUGCGAGGCAGCAGUCCAGAGACCUCUUUCACAUCGCUUUCACUCUUGUUCCCCUUCACGCUUGGGCAGAUCAGUCUUUCUGUAGUCACGUGACUGUGCAGGUGUGUCUGGGAACAGUGGUCUGCGCUCUUAAUUAGUGGCAUAGUGUGGGAAUCCCCACUGGGCUUUUCACCAGGGCUGCCGGCUCGGGAUUGGUCGCCUAGUUUGACGGACCUGCCCAGGCUGACACAUUGCACAAUGAAACGGGGGUAAAGGGCAAACAAGAGAGGGAUUGUCUUAACAUUUCUAAAACUUUUUUUUUUUUAACUCUAGUUGACUGGGGCUAAAAAAUGAUCAAAUAUAGAGGAUCUGAACUUUUCCAGGCGAUAUUGAGUUAUUUUCAUCUAAACCCUUUCUGGUGGAUGAUGGGUGAUCACGUUUGCGGUGGGAAUUCGGAGGCUGCAGUCUGUACAAAGUCAUGCAGCCCUGCAGAGAGAGUUUUUACUUAGAACGUCUUUGUUAAAAUGUUUGUGACUACACUGGGGGGGAUUAUUCACUAAAUUCUAACAAAGUGAAAUCCAAAAGGCAAAACUAAGGCGAAAAUAGCCAAAUUGCUGUUCGCUAUAGCUUAGUCAGACGAGAGUUUGUAAAUAUUUUCAGUUUAGCUGCUUUUGCCUAAAUUGUGCCUUUCAUAUUUUAAUUUGCUGUAUUUCAGAGUUUAUUGAUUAACAGGGGUGGGAAUCCAAUGUGAUUUCAAAGUGAAUUCCAACAUUUAGGCCAAAAUAGCUGAUUAAGGAAAAAGUCAGUUUUAAUUUUUGCUAUUUUGGCUUUAAAUGUGAAAUUUACUUUAAUGCACAGUGAAUAAACCUUCACCAUUGUAAGCAAUUCUUAAUUGUCCUGGUAACAGUAGGGUUUUCAGAAGGUAACAGUAGGUUUCAGAUUAAUUUUAAAGUCUGCGGCUAUUUACUAAAGUGUGGAUUCAAAGUGAAUUUCAAGUAUAAAGGGACACUGUUGUCACCAGAACCAGUACAGCCUAAUGUAGUUGUUCUGGUGUGUAUAGUGUAUCCCUUCUGGCAUUUUCAUGUAAACAUUUCCCUUUCAGAGAAAGUGCAGUGUUUACAUUACUACUGGUAACACCUCUAGUGGCAGUAACUCAAACAGCCAUGGGAGGUGCUUCCUGGGUCAGUGCUGCACAGUGUGGCUCUGCAUAAAGGCACUGAAAAUUCCACAUCGAGAUGAAUUGAUUCAAUGUAUCUAUAUGAAGAGAUGCUGAUUGGUGCCAUGCAGCAUUUUGCCAUUCAAGCGCAAUAGCCUCCCAAUGCUUUCCUAUGGUAAAGCACUGGAUUGGAUGAGACUAGACUGGGCCAGAAAAUGCCAGCCACGGCGAGACCGCCAUGGCGUGGUAGAAAAGGUUACUAAAAUCACCUUUUUCCUGCGAUCAGAGGGGGGCUGGUCACCUAAACUGCAUUUUCAAGACGAAAAUAUCAGGAAUACAUAAUUGUAUUCCUGAUACUGUAGUGUUUCUUUAAGGUGAAAAUAGCAGAAAUGUAAGAAUUGGAAAUUCACUUUUUAUUUUCACUUUUACUAAAUAACACUAUAGUUCUUAAAUUGCAGAGAAUUGGACAGAAAUAAAAAGUACACUGUUUGUGCAAUUUGUGAAAUUUAUUUAAGAACUUUCCAAGUGCAAUUCACAUAGCUCAAUGUAUAGAUAAAAUAUUAUUCCCUGUAAGUCAAUGCCUUGUUUGGGAGACAAUUUCACCGCAAGUUUGACAUCAUGCCAUGAUAGUAACAGAAAUGAUCUUGAAACACAGAACUGAAACAAUGUGUCUCAGACCUGUCUGGAAAUAGUAAGGUUACUUCCCAUUCACGCACCUUCUUACAAAUAAAGCAUAACAAUGAUCAUGUAGGUCAUAGUAUAGUUUUAUUAACUCACUUUGAUCUAAAAUCAGUCAUAAGCGGACACCUGCUUGUGUAUUAGCAUUCCGAGCUAAACCCGAUAAACCUGUCACUCACAUUUAACGGAGCUCUCAGAGAGCUCUCUCCGUAAAAAAUAUUAUAUUCAUUCAGUAACAGACAUCAUGUUCUCAGAGUAUAAGGCUUGGCUAAAUCUCCACUGCAAUCCAUAGCUGGACCAAUUAUGCCUCAUAACAGCUAGUAGAUUGAAAUGAAUACUCCCCCCUGAGUUCUUUUAUUGCACGUAAACCAGCAACCACUCUCUCAGAGCCCACUUCAUCCCCUAUCAUCCUCAGUCAGAAAAGUAAGAUUUCACUUUCAUGGAGUGAGUAGAGUCACAGGUAACUAAAGCAAUGCCACGGGUGUAAAUGGAGUCAAUUAAUGACAGUGUAUCAUGAGAUUAUAAAUGAAUUCAGUAACACAGACUGAUUUGUCUAGAUUAAAGAGGCAGCUUUAGCUUAAUGAAUCAGUUUUGGUGUAUAGAUUAUGCCCCUGCAUUCUCACUGCUCAAAUCUCUAUGGGUAAAUAUUUGAAUCUGGUUAUAUAUUGUUUAUAUUUUCAUUUUCGUUGCUCCAACAUACCAUGCAGCAUUUUACGAUUAUACCAUGUUGUUAUAUAUUACUGUAAGUAAUUGACAGACCACCGCUGUCGUCAGAUACAAGAAGUGAAGAGGGCCCUGCUCAAACAGUGUACAGCAUAGUCUAUUUAGAAUGUUUCUUCAUUAUUCCUAUAUUACGAAGCUGAUCGUGUUUACAUUGCAUUCUUAAUGCCUGUAUCCACUUUGUUCCUACCUGUGUAUGUUUUGGCUUGUUUGCAAUGGUUUGUGCUAUCAUUUGGCUCUAAUAAAACUGCAUUUAAAAAUGAAAAAGGAAGUCUACCCGCACGACAGCUUUGUUGAAACACCUUAAGGUUUGUUCGCUGAGCUUGGAAUUAUGGAGAAUUUAUGAAGGAUUUGUUAAUUUUAAAUGAAAUUAUCCCAGUUUGAAACAUAGCUGAGUUGAAGAUAUUUUUCCAAUAUUGUUUUUAUUUUUUUUAUUUUAGUCUACAAUGUUCAGUUGCCGUGCCUAUUCUCCAUACUCUUUGGUUUAGUAAAUUAACGGCACAAUAACGUGACCGGAUUCCUUUAAAAUGUUCGUAUUAUAAGAUUCAAAGCAAAACUCUAAUUCUUCAGACGCUUCCAGAGUGGUCUUUCUAUCCUCAAAUCCAGUUGGGUUCGUCUUUGCCCCCUCCUCUCUCCCAUGCCUGAUGUGAGUUAAUAGCGCCUUAUACACAGUGCUAAUGGUGAUUGUAUGUGACAGGACCUGUGAAUUUUGGGUGAGUGUGUGCAGAGGGGUCAGGUUGAAAGACUUUUUUUUGUUGUUACGGAAUUGGCAGUCAUUCCUAUUUCCUAACAGCUUUUUCUUUUCCUCCUUUAAGAAAAUCCCAGCCCACCCACACAGCCUUCUGUCCCUGAACGAAAGAUUUUAUUUCUUUUCCUUUUGCCCAUUUCUUACUACUUUUUUCCUUUCUUCCUGAGAUCUCAAACUCUCAAUUAGUGAAAUUGGUGUUUUCCGGGGAUAGUCUACAUGUUACUGAUGUGCUCUGUGAUUUUCUUAUUCUCUGUCGCUUCUUUUUUUCUCUGUGGAAUUUGCGGAUUUAAAAGCUAAACGUUCCAGUUGAUUUUCUUUGAUCAUAAUUGCGAAGAAGGAUAGUGGGUCAGGGGAAUAUAUUGUCCUAAGACUUCCAUGCCAUCUCCUGGCUGCAAAAACGGAGACAACCUGGUCGAAACACAGCAAUCAUAAAAAUAUAUACCAAAAUUGUCUAUCUCAAAUUUAUGAUACUAAUAACGAGAGAAACAUCGGAGAUCUGCAUCUAGUUUAAUUUUCUAGAAGUGGUUUGCUUUGAACUGGAGGGUCCAACAGCUGUUUACAUAUUUUCAUUCUAUGUUGCUUAUCUUUAAAUGGCGCAGAUCUCUGCUACCCUCUAGCUAACACAGCUCAUGCCGCCCUGCCAUUAUAUCAAAGCAAAUGGUGGAUUAUUAAGUCUGGUGGCCAUGAACAAAUAUCUAGUAGACCAGGUGAAAAAGUUCCAAGCAGCUGGUCAGUGAUCAGGUAUGGACUCAGAGUCUGGUCGGGUCUGUGACCAUGCCUUUGGAGAAAAAAUACAUAUUAACUGAAGAUAUACAGAUUGAUAUGCACAAAAUGAUCUGCCUGUAACCGAUUCUGAUACAUUAAAAAAGUGAGGAAUUUAUCUGCCUGCAAUUGAUAAAAUUAUCUGAAUCUUUCUCCUCUCCUUUUCCUGCAGGUUAUCGGACAGUUUGCGGGGUCAAUGGACCAUUGGUUGUGUUGGACAAUGUGAAGGUAUAUGAUGUCAUUAUAUCACACAAUCACAUGCACAUACAAAAACACAAUAUGGGAUUUAAAAACAAAACAUGAUGGAAGACAUUUUUUUAAGAUAACAGUAAAUAUGUAAUUAUAAAACAACUAUUUAACUAUGUAACAUUCUUCUUGUUUACAUGGUAAGUUUAUUUAGCAUUUUGCCCCAGAAUAGCACUUGUUUUUGUUCGAUAAAUAUCCUUUGAUCUGUCUGUUCAACUAACAAAUUUGAUCACAAUGUCAGAAAAUAUCGAAAUUCCAAAAUUAGGUGAAAUCAGACGAUUUUCCCUUAAAUUUUGUAAUUUAUAACUUAGCUAAUAAACCAGUUUAAUUUACAAACUGCAAAGGCAGAAACAAUAUAGUAAUGAAGAAAACUCAGCCAGGUUCACAUAAUCCUGUUAAUUCAUUUGCCCGUUCCCUUACUUCGGUAGUCAUUAGUGUAAGGGACCAGCAAUGUGACAAUAGGUUGAAGAUCAACUUGACCUUGAGGUUGGAUAGCUGUAGUGUAAUUAUGUCUUCCUGAUCCUAACUCAACUGGGGAAGCCUUUUAUGACAUAAAUAAGUUGAAAUUUUACAAGUUGCUUUCAAGCAAAGCAUUGUACCAGAAUAAUACCUCAACCUUCCUCACAUUUAAUGAACCAGCAAAUUAAAUAUAUAAAAUAUUCAAAUACAGAUAGAACAAAUAAUAUGCAAUUUGGAAAAAUAGAAAAUCUUGUAAUAAAGCUCGAAACUUAAAUGUAGGAUAUAAAAACAUGAUCUAAAUAUAUGGUUUGCUGGUUGAAUGCUCACUAGAUAUCAUCAUCUGAGUGGAAAUCUCGAGUUAAUAGACCACGCAAGCUGAUACAUUGGUUUGCUAUGUGUAAAGAGCUAUCCACGUGUAAUCAUUCUAAGAAUUAGAAUUAAGAACUGAAAAAAGAAACAAUUAAAUAAAAAAAAAUAAGUCAGCCAGUCAAUACACUAAAUAUCUUCAUUAAGUUAAAAUCCACAAGCCAAUCAAUGGCCUUGACUUAAUUUGUUUGAAUCAGAAUCAGAAGUUAUUCCAUUGUGUUAGGAAAACCUUUUUAAAUGUUUAAACUACAUUAAUUCCCAUAGAAUUUAAUGGUGGCUUCUGUAGGUAAAUAUUUUUUUUUUCUAACAUAAUGGAACCAUUUCUUAUUCAAACAAAAUAAAAAAACAAGAUCAAUAUGUCAUAUCAAAAUGUAAUAUAUCAUGUUACCAUCAGUCAGUAUUCACUCAGCAUACCAGCACCCACAGACAUACACAACACCCACACAUACACCACCCACACACAUACACAGCACCCACACACAUUCAGCACCCACACACAUACAGCACCCACACACAUACACAGCACCUACACACGUACACAGCACCCACACAUAUACAGCACACACACAUACAGCAACCUCACAAACAGCACCCUCACAAACACACACAGCACCCUUACACACAGCACACAAACAGCACCCUCACACACACACAGCACACUAACAGUACCUCACAAACACAAACAGGACCCUAACAAACACACACACAGCACACUACCAGUACCCUCACACACAAACAGCACCCUCACACACAGUACAUUAACAGCACCCUCACAAGCGCACACACACACACACACAAACAGCACCCUCACACACAGUACAUUAACAGCACCCUCAUAAGCGCACACACACAAACACCCUCACCCACAUUGCACACUACCAGCACCCUCACACACACAUAACACUAACAGCACCCUCGCACAGCACACAAACAGCACCCUCACACACACACAGCACACUAACAGUACCCUCACAAACAGGACCCUAAUAAACACACACACAGCACACUACCAGUACCCUCACACACAAACAGCACCCUCACACACAGUACAUUAACAGCACCCUCACAAGCGCACACACACACACAAACAGCACCCUCACACACAGUACAUUAACAGCACCCUCAUAAGCACACACACACAAACACCCUCACCCACAUUGCACACUACCAGCACCCUCACACACACAUAACACUAACAGCACCCUCGCACAGCACACACACACACACACACAGCAGUGUAUGUGUGUGUAUAUAUGUAUAUAUAAAUAUACGCGGCAGGUGCUUCUGCUUUAGGGUGCACACCCUAAUGCAAUAGGCUGCGCACGCCCAUGAGUAUACCAUGUUACCACCAGUCAAUGCCAUAUAUAACAUGUUACCGUCAGUCAGUAUUCAUUCAGUAUACUAUGCUACCAUCAGUCAAUGCCAUAUAAAAAAUGUCAAGUCAAUGUCCUACAUACUAUGUUAUUAUCAGUCAAUGUCCUAUAUAACAGGUUACCAUCAGUCAAUAUUGUAUAUACCACGCUAUUAUCAGUCAAUGUCCUAUAAUACUCUAUAUACCAAGUUACCAUCAGUCAAUGUCCUACAUACUAUGUUAUUAUCAGUCAAUGUCCUAUAUAACGUUACCAUCAGUCAAUACUCUAUAUACCAAGUUACCAUCAGUCAAUAUCCUAUAUGCCAUCUUAUUAUUAUUAUUAUUAUUACAAAUCAUCAGACUGCCAAUGUGAGGUAUAGAUAUAAUGUGUAAAUCAUUUUUAUUCUUUAUUUACCCCAAAGCACUUUGUUACUAGGUUAGGGAUUACAGACCAGGAGUUUGGGCUGCUCAGUAAUCCAACAAAGUAUUGGGUUGGCUGAGCAACUAAGAACCAGUGAGCUGGGUGUUGAUUGUCCAUUAGGUUACAAUAACCUCCCUCCUACAGAUAGAACAAAAAAAUUCACUUAUCUCGUGUAAACACAUGUAAAAAUAAACUAUCCUGAGUCAAAAAUUGAGUCCUUCCGGAAGAGCACAGCAGCAAGGGGCCAAUGGCACUAAUGCAUAUUGGGCCUUAGUGGCAUUUCAUCUGAUACCUCUUGUUUUGGGAUAUUUGACUGUUGGGGUUUUAUUUGUACAGGAACGGGACCUUUGGUUGCUUCAGUUUACUGUUUAAAUUUACAGCAAGUUAUUUUGGACCUCUGGUGGUUCCUAUCAUGCUUCACUGGGAGCAAACCACCAAAAAUAUAACACUGUUAUAACUGAUGUCCCGUAUUUUAAAACUAUUACAUUGCUUGAACACAUUCCCCACGUGAUAUUCUAAAACUGUUCACAUACAUCCUGAAAACACUCCAGAAAAUCCAUCUAUUAAGCCAAUUGUCCCAUCUCUCUUAUAUGUGCUAAUUACAUAUCUUCAUUGCUUAAACAGAGUCCUAAGGUCCACUGACCAGGUAUAGACUGUAUCCAAGAGCUAACAACUUUGCAGUAUUUUUAUUUCAGUGUUUUGGAGCAAGAGUCUGUAGUUUGACACCAGUCUUUCAUCACAGAGAAGGGCUAUUAGUUAGGACCGUCAAAGUCUUAACAGUCAGUCUGACUUGGAGUAUUUCCAGGAAUCUUAAAAUUCUAACCAAAGUCUCAGGUCCUGCUGCCAAUAAUAACUGCAACAAUAUCAUAGGCAGUAAAUAGCAUGGCCGUGAUGGCUUGUUACCAGAACGUAAUCUUAUUAAAUAGGCUCUUGGGAAGGAAAACAAAGGUAAGAAUUAAUUUGCUGUUAUACAACAUGGAGCAGAGAUUAUUCGAGAUUCAAAAUCACAAAAUGACUCAGAAUGAGUCUUUCCAAAGAACGUCUGUGUGUCUGUCCAUACCACAGGUACAUGCUGGGUUCUGUGGAUUAUCAGCAUUAUUUAUCAAAGUCCUAAUGGCUCCUUACCAAACGGAGCACAACCGUUGCUUAUGAUAAUGUACAGAUGACAAAAUCUGAAGAGUGUUCAUAAGAUUUAACAAUGUCUGGUUUUUGCUAAACAGGUUCUGAAUGGGUCCAAAUCAGAUUCAGAUUUCAGUCAGACAGGAUCCGGAUUCAAGUGUUAAUAUACAGUAGAUUUGUGGGAGAAGGUCCCACUCAUGCUUUUAUUAGAGUCCCUUUAAGGGCCUCCACCCUGGAAGUGAAUGUUCCUUCGCUGUAUCUAUCUCUCACCCCGAGCCGUCCCCAUGACCUAACACUGAUUGUUCUAUCAGUUUAUAAGUGUGGUUAAUCCUUGACUUUUUAACAUAAUGUGACACAUAUUUUCUUUUUCCUGAAGUUUGCUCAGUAUGCUGAAAUAGUGAAAUUCACACUACCAGAUGGCACAGCCCGAAGCGGUCAAGUGCUGGAGGUUGUAGGAACAAAAGCUAUUGUUCAGGUAUGAAUCUAUCUGUCUGUCUGUCCGCCAUCCAGUGUUAUGUAAUACCACAAACGCCAGGCAGUCUGUGUGAGUCCCGUUACUAGGGUGGCAAUUGUAAUGAUGCUAACCAACAGAUACGCAUCUGUGUUGAAUACAGAGGGUCCUGUGGCCAAAUAUACCUGGCAUACUGGGGAGCCCUUUGUGUGUCAAAGUGUAAUAGGGUAAUAGGGGGCUCAAUCAUUGUCCAGGAGCAAUGAUAGAAUAGGGGGAUAAUCCUCCUCCCCCAUUAGAACAGGCCUGCACUAACAAUGUCAUUAUAUAGAGAUGACCAGACACUCCAGCAGUGUUAAAUGGGACAAUGUCUAGUCUCUGAAUGGAUGGUGAUGUUUGAACAUUAACAGUAGAUAUUAUGGAAUAGGCAGAACGUUGAUCUCUCAGACAGAAUGGGAAAAUAAAAAGUUCUUAGUCCCUUGGACCAUUGAGUCACAUCUUGUUUAAUAAUUUCACCACAAUAUCUGUGAACCAAGUAUUCCAUGCUUCCAUAUAUUUUUGCUGAUUUCUCUGAGAAUGUUAACAUUCCUCGUUACCUAUACAUCAUUCUCCACCCGCCUUCCAGACUUCUCCUUCCACGUCCAAUCAUUUCACUAACGUAGCCCACAUAUUUGACCUGCACAGGACCUCACUGGCAAACAGCCAAACUGCACGUGUUUAAUCCCAACUAGACCUUUCCAGGGCCCUUGUAAUCCCAUUAGAGAGUCAGCCUCAGAGCCGAGCUGUGGAGAAGCUGCUUAAAGCAGGUCCUCAGUCACACACCAGUACGGCUUUCUGUGGAUGUUCCACAGAACAAGCUCUGUGCGAGUAAAUUCUUCAGUUCUGCUAGGCCACACAGAUCUAAUUAAGCCUGCGAGCUGAAGGUUAAUUAAUAGAAAUGGUGUCAAAUAUUAUACUGAUCAAAGUUCCAUUACUUUGCCUUUGCUUUUCUUCCUCAGCAUUUUGGAAAUAAAUAGUUUGCACGAUAUUCCCAGUGGUUCCAUAUGUUAAGUAUAUCCAUUACACAAUGGAAUAAUGGGGAAGAUCUGGAGUUAGCAAACCUGGCACGAAUGAUCAAACAUGAAGAAUGUGCAGGUUUCCAUAGCACAGCGAUAGAUACAUUGAAACAAAAUACAAAUCAUAGUAAUACAAUUCCAAUCCAUGAUAAUGCAAGAUACAUCAUUUUGGUAAUUGCACAAAAGCCACUAAUCUCUUGGACAUGCACGUCCUGAGUUCAGCAAUGCCUGUGUUGCAUGGGGCAAGUCAUGCAUUAUGGGUAAUAGCGUUGAUGCUGUGCUGUUCACAUUAAUACACAUUAUACGUUAAUUCUUCAUCUCUAAUAGUGGUCAGCAUUGUUCUAGUAAAAGUUUGCAUAUGGCACUGUAGUUGUUUUAAACUACACUUACCAUAAUGCUCAGCUAGCCUAACCAUGUAGCCAGAAGGACUGGAAUGCCAGAGGAUAACUAAAACCACCUUAAGCAAAAACAAGUCUGGGUAUUCACCUGGAUUUGUUAAAUCCUUAUGGACAUCAAUGGGGACUCCAAUCUGUAGUUAAAUACUCUGGAUUCUUUUUACUAGGUAAUAACAGUUCUCGGAUGACCUCAACACAAUCCCUGGAAUGUGUAAGCAAUGGUUUCUAAAAUCCAAGCUAUUGUUUUCAAAUAGCUUUUUUGAUUAUUUACUAAUCUUACAAUCCACUGAAAAUGGGAACCAUUCAAAACGGGUAAAUCCCAUGGAUUUUCACAUACAAUAUAUUGGCACAUUUACACCAGGUCUUACGAUUGUUUCAUUUAUCACACAUAUAUAGUAGUUUUACUUAUCUGAGUUAUAUAUUUGUGUGUGUGUGUCUCAGAAUGUCUGUGGAUCCAUUUCCCAAUUUGUGUUUUGUGUAACGAGAGCCUCAAUAUUUUUGUUAUCAGUUUUACCCGUUUGUUCCUGCUUGCUCUGAUUCUGUCUCUGUUUACAUUUUGCCUAUGUGUCUCUUAACGUUUGUUCUUAGACAGACCAAGAGCUAUCACAAACAAGAUGGAGUCCUACAUAGUUGGCAAGAUUUGAAAAACAAUUCCAGGGACACAUUGGUGACAUUAGAUUGACAUAAGAAAUGUAGCGAUAAUGAACCUGCAACAGCAGAACGGAAGCUGGACCCACAAUUUGUGGCCUAAACUCUCAGCCUUUGCAUAAUCUGCUGUGGAAGGUUCAUUAUUUGCAUUAGGUAAUAAGGGACAUUGUUGCCUAACUGGAGUGUUAACAACUUGAGAGACAGAGCCAGGUGGAUGCAACGCAACGCAUACAAACAAUGCAAGCACCUUGGCUGUGUAUUCAGUGAUUGGAUUAACCAGAGAUGGGCCAACAUUCUAAACGAUACAAAUCACUGAAUUCAACACGUCAUGUAUGCCAGGUUUAUUAGUUACAGUGCGAACUGGUUAGAAAUUGAAGUGAGCUUCACAUUUUUAUCCCAAAGUUGCUGAAACUGGGAAACUUUCAAAGUCAGCCAUGUUUUCAGUUCCAGCAGUUCACAAGCAAUAAAUCGCACUUUCAGAGUUAUUCACUAAAGUGAGAAUUAAAAAUGAACCGAAAGUGAAUUUUAACUUUAAGAUCAAAAUAGCUGAACUGGAAAAAUUAUCUCGAAUCUAGAUCAACUUUUCUUUCAGUUCUGCUUCCUGACCUUUGAAAUCCACUUCGAAUUCUCCCUUUAUUUUAGCAAAAUAAUUCACGUCUAUCAUCAGUUGUUUUUUUAAUUUUUUUUAAUUAUUAUUUGCAAUUAAUUUUUUUAUUUAUCCCAUUUCAAAUGUAUACAUUAAAACCAUAGACAAUUGCGAAACCUGGACCAAAACACAAAAAAAAUUCCAAUGCCUUUUUUUUGGUGUAGAUUUUUGCAAGUUGCAGCAAUUCACUAAUUCGUGAAUACUCCCUUAAGACGUGCAUUAUUUUCAUCCUUCCAGCAGUUACGGGUCAGUUUGACCUUUUUUUGCUCAAUUCUGAGCUCUGUCCAUUUCACAGCAACGAAAGGGUUCACAGACACAACAGUGUAAAACUCUCAUCCGUUGAAAACCAAUCUAACACUUUCACUGCUAGAAAUCAUCUGCCCCUGCUUGUUAAGAGUUCAAAAGCCUCCACCGCGUCUAAGGGGUCCAGCAUGUAAAAGCAAGCCUCCCCCUUUAACUCCCUGCACAUUAUCCCUUUGCAUUCAUUUGGAUGUGACUUUCUCCUGCCGUGUCUGCUCUAAUCCUCACUAAUUGCUAGUAAUUGGGUUCUUGCCCCGGUUCUCCGCAGGUGUUUGAAGGCACAUCUGGGAUUGAUGCCAAGAAAACAACUUGUGAGUUCACGGGAGACAUCCUCAGGACACCUGUUUCAGAAGACAUGCUGGGUAUGUGGGAUGCUGGGAGGGCAGGGAAUUUGGGAGGGAGGGGAGCACAAAGUUAAUGUACUGGCCAUUAACAAACAGUGAGAGGUUAAUCUUCGGAUCUAAAGUAACAGAGCACUUAGAAUGGAAUGAAAGGGUAGAACGCAUUGCUCUGUGUAGGUGUGAGUGUCUAUACAGGAUCUACCUGUAUGGAGGGUUUUCUUAUUCAUCUUAAUGUGUAUAAGUGUAUGUGUAUAUGUAACAGAACACUUAAAACGUCAUGAAUAGGUGGAACACACAGCUUUCUGUAGGUGGGAGAGUCUCCACAUGAUGCACCUAUAAUGGAGGGUUUUCUCAAUUCUCUUAAAGAAUUACUCCAUGAUAAGUGAUUUGAAGUGGUGAUGGUGCCUGCAGUCUGUAUGUGCGAUGUUUUGCUUUGAAAUCCUGCACAUACAAAGAUUAACCCCUUCCCUAUCAGAGGUGUAACUUCACCUGCGGGAGCAUCAUUAGAUAGCCCAGAACCAAAUUCCAGGUUGGCUAAUGUCAAUUCUGUGCAAGAUUAGUAUCUGUUCUCCCUCAUAACCCUCCCCUCCGACAAAACAUAGUGAUGUCAGACAAGGAAGAUUGAGCUAUGACAGAACUUGGCCUCUGCGAGACAAAAGAGGUAAAUUGAAACCUUUUAUUUUAUUUUUUACUCUUUUUGUUGUUUAUAUAUAUAUAUAUGUAUUUUUUUUAUUGUUUUUGAACCAAAUAUUUAGUUGUUUAAAUUGUGUCCCAGAGUAAUUUUAGAGUGUUUUGGUUUUGGAGACAGAGAGGUAGUGAGAACCUGUAAAAGGGAAUUGCAUGUUAUACGCAAAUAACAAAGGGAUGCAGAUAUCAUAAACCACAAGACUAAACGUUGACAUAACACACUCGCACAUACUAAAAUGUAUCCUGAUUGUUACUCUUGUUCUGCAAAGUUCUAUCUGCUAAUUCGUGUCUAUACACUCUAAGUCAGCAUUUCCCAAUUGGUGUUCCGCGGAGAGAACACAAAUGAGGUUCCGCCAAAAUUUCAGGAAACAAAACGGCCGUGGGUGGCAAGAGAGCACUCUCCCCUGCUCAGCUUUCUCGUGCUCACAGCAGUGAUGCCGGAGUUUGAACAUGACAUCACUCCGGCAUCACUAAGAGGCGCGCGAGGGAGCUGAGCAAGAAGAUCAGUGCUCCCUCGCCGCCCGCACUGUACAUCCGCACACCAGCCACUCAGCAGCCCCACUGGACCCCAGGGACUGCAUGCCCAGCCCAGCAGCCCCACUGGACCACAGGGACAUAGAGACUCCAUGCCAGCAUUCCCAAAGGUAGGGAGGCUGGGUGGAGUAAAAUUUUUGAAGAAUAAUACAUUGUUUGUGUCUGUUAGGGAAUUUGUAUGUGUUUGUGUGUCUGUCAAAGAGUGUAUGUGUGUUUGUCAGUGAGAAUGUAUGUGUACUUGUCAGUGAGAGUGUAUAUGUGUUUGUAUGUGUGUCUGUCAAAGAGUAUGUGUGUCUGAGUGUGUAUCAGUGUGUGUAUCGAGGUUUGUGUUUGUGUAUGUGUCAAUGUGAGUAUCUCAGUGUGUGUGUGUAUUUGUGAGUCAAGAUGUGUGUGUGUGUGUGUCACUGUGUGCAUCUGAGUGUGUGUAUGUGUAUCUGUGUAUGUGUGCCACUAAAACAAACACACACUGGCACAUAUAAACACAGAUACAAACACCGGCACAUACAAACACAGAUACACACACCUUGAUACACAGAUGCACACCUGCACAUACAAACAAAGAUACACACACUUUGACACACAACUACACACACCUUGACACACAGAUACAUAUAUAUACAUGCACACUGGCACAUACAAACACAGAUACACACACCUUGACACACAGAAACUCACCGGCACAUACAAAAAAAUGGUGAAAAUUGUAUUUAUUUUUAUUUUUUUACUGGGGGGGAGGUCCACGAUGUUGAUACACUAGGUCAAAGGGUUCCACCAAAGUAUCUUUCUUGUGUCAGCCAUCACGUCAUUUGCCAGGAGCUGUGCCCAUGCCAUACUCUCGUGCAUGUUUAGACUGAGAGAUCCUCCAUAAAUCUACAUACACAAUGUAUGAGAAGAUUUCAGUAGCGACCGCUUUGGGAACUGACAAACCUUGAUGCAGAAGUUCCACUUUUUGUCACAUUUUGUCAACCUCAGGCUUACUCACAUGACAAAGUAGACCCUAUUUUAUCUUAUGAUUUUUUUUAAUUGAAAUUCCAAUAUAGUCAAUAUAAGUAUUUCAGAAAAAUCAUUAUUCUCAGAAGUGACAGAGCCACUUUAAAUAGGUAAGUAUUCCGUUCAGAGUGCUAAACACCAGAUCACGUCCUUAGACGUUCUUAGAGCAAUAAACACUAACAAUCCAGGAUUUAGUAAAUUCUUAGUUCUGUUCUACUUGUAAUACUGACAAAUCCUGGACCUAGAACUCAUACCUCCCAACAAUGAGUCAAGUAACCACAGAAGACGACUUAAUUUUGUGCAUGACAUCAGGAUGUGAUCAUUUAACCACUGAAGAUACAAUGUUUCAGUCAACACUCGCACUCAAUCAUUGUACAAAGUUUGGAUGAAAUAUCUGCCUAAAGCUUAGAUCUGCAGAUUGUUAAUGGGAUGUUCUAAUGGUGUCCAGAGAAUGGGGCUUUAUUCAUGUUAGAUAAUCCCCAAUAAUAAAUAACAGUGUUGAUGCUUUAAUAGGGAACAUGCCCCCCCUCCCCCUCACUCCUUAAUUAGUUUCACAACAUUUGAAGAAAACAUUGCAAUAAAAAAAUAACUCAUUGAUUUCCUAUUUGUAAAUUCCUUUGUCGAACACUAAUAGCGUCUUUAAAUAAAGUGAAUUAUAAGACGGUGGGAGGCUGUUAAUUAGGUUGGAGAUUUUGAAACGUAGGAGCUUAAUGAGAGCAGGUUUUUUUUUUUUUCCUAUUAUUUCUUAGCCUACAUAAAAACCGUUGCAGGUUCUUGGCAGGUCGGCUCAGUCAUUCAUCGUAUUUGUCAAUGAGAGGCUGUAUUUCAAGAUAAAACUAAGAAAUGCGACUAGGGAGGGGGUUUAGACAGGCUGCGGCAGCUCUGCUUAUUUAGCAGAUCCGAAUACUGGGGUGACAAAAUUACCAACCUUUUCACGGCCAACUAUACUCAAAAUUAUUUUGUAGACUCGGGCAGAUACAGUGACUAAUCACAGUCUGGUUAAUAUCUCAUACAAAUAAAAUCAAAACAACAUAAGGAAACUUUCAGAAACCAUGCCCCAUGCACAGCAGCACCCAAAACUCCCAGAAUGCAAUGCAGAAAUAUGCAAAUACCCACAAAAAGCAUUGUCAGUUUUCAAACUUUCAGCCCAAUUCUGCAGCCCUGUGCUUUAUUUACUACAGUGAGAAUUGUAAGAGAAUUUAAAAUUAUGGGCCAUAGUAGUAUAUAUAAGGGUAGUAGACCUUCAGUAGGGGCAGUAAAUACAUCGAUAUGGAAAGGGUAGUAGAUAUACGGCAUAGGCCUUCAGUAGGGGCAGUAAAUACAUUGAUAUGGAAAGGGUAGUAGAUAUACGGCAUAGCCCUCCAGUAGGGGCAGUAAAUACAUCGAUAUGGAAAGGGAAGUAGAUAUACGGCAUAGCCCUCCAGUAGAGGCAGUAAAUACAUCGAUAUGGAAAGGGUAGUAGAUAUACGGCAUAGCCCUCCAGUAGAGGCAGUAAAUACAUCGAUAUGGAAAGGGUAGUAGAUAUACGGCAUAGCCCUCCAGUAGGGGCAGUAAAUACAUUGAUAUGGAAAGGGUAGUAGAUAUACGAUAUAGCUCUCCAGUAGGGGCAGUAAAUACAUCGAUAUGGAAAGGGUAGUAGAUAUACGGCAUAGCCCUCCAGUAGGGGCAGUAAAUACAUUGAUAUGUAAAGGGUAGUAGAUAUACGGCAUAGCCCUCCAGUAGAGGCAGUAAAUACAUCGAUAUGGAAAGGGUAGUAGAUAUACGGCAUAGGCCUCCAGUAGAGGCAGUAAAUACAUCGAUAUGGAAAGGGUAGUAGAUAUACAAUAUAGCUCUCCAGUAGGGGCAGUAAAUACAUCGAUAUGGAAAGGGUAGUAGAUAUACGGCAUAGCCCUCCAGUAGGGGCAGUAAAUACAUCGAUAUGGAAAGGGUAGUAGAUAUACGGCAUAGGCCUCCAGUAGGGGCAGUAAAUACAUCGAUAUGGAAAGGGUAGUAGAUAUACGGCAUAGGCCUCCAGUAGGGGCAGUAAAUACAUCGAUAUGGAAAGGGUAGUAGAUAUACGGCAUAGCCCUCCAGUAGGGGCAGUAAAUACAAAGGGUAGUAGAUAUACGGCAUAUCCCUCCAGUAGGGGCAGUAAAUACAUCGAUAUGGAAAGGGUAGUAGAUAUACGGCAUAGCCCUCCAGUAGGGGCAGUAAAUACAUCGAUAUGGAAAGGGUAGUAGAUAUACGGCAUAGCCCUCCAGUAGGGGCAGUAAAUACAUCGAUAUGGAAAGGGUAUUAGAUAUACGGCAUAGCCCUCCAGUAGAGGCAGUAAAUACAUCGAUAUGGAAAGGGUAGCAGAUAUAUGGCAUAGGCCUCCAGUAGGGGCAGUAAAUACAUCGAUAUGGAAAGGGUAGUAGAUAUACGGCAUAGCCCUCCAGUAAGGGCAGAAAAUACAUUGAUAUAGAAAGGGUAGUAGAUAUACGGCAUAGCCCUCCAGUAGGGGCAGUAAAUACAUUGAUAUGGAAAGGGUAGUAGAUAUACGGCAUAGCCCUCCAGUAGGGGCAGUAAAUACAUCGAUAUGGAAAGGGUAGUAGAUAUAUGGCAUAGGCCUCCAGUAGGGGCAGUAAAUACAUCGAUAUGGAAAGGGUAGUAGAUAUACGGCAUAGCCCUCCAGUAGGGGCAGUAAAUACAUUGAUAUGGAAAGGGUAGUAGAUAUACAGCAUAGCCCUCCAGUAGGGGCAGUAAAGACUAAUGUUGAUAUAGAAAGGGUGUAGGUUUAUGAAUUAGCCUUUGGGUGGAAGCAGUAGAGAAUGGCAGUAAUAAAAGGGGUAGAUACCUGUUAAAUACCUGGUAUAGCCUUCCUACAUCCUUAUAAAGUAAUAAAACAGAGAAUACUUGUGAUGUGGGCAAAAUUAUUCUGAGGAACCAGUCGGAGAUGCCAUAUUGGACAGGAUAGAUGGGGUGAUUAUCUCCCACUGAAGACUGUUUACCUGAAUAAUUUUCAAAGAAUUUAUGCAGAGUAACGUUGUACCACCCCCCAAAUAAUUGUCCGUGCCCAUCAUUUAUCCUCAUUUAAUCAUUGCUUUGAAGACCAUAUUAUAACAUUUUAUAUAAGAAGAUAUUAUGUUAUAACGUUCCCUGCCUGCCCCCGUAAUGUCACAAUCACUGACUCAUGAAAUAAUCUUUUACCGUGUUUACUGACUAACAACAAACAGUUUAAAAAUAGAGAAUAAACCAAGUUCGAUUAACACUAAUGAUAAAAUACCAGAAAUGUUAUCGCAGCAUUCUGUAAGAUUCUAUAUGGGGUUUUUUCAACCUAAUGCAUGUCAUAAUAAGGAUAAGGCAGCUUAGUUGGUGGCUCAAUAGAUUGGAUUCUAGAUGUUAUGUGAUGGAUUGCAACAGCGUCAUCUGCUGAUACAUACAUGUACUGGGUAAAAAUGACUUCUCUGGGUACGUACUGUUAUGGGGGAAGGGACAGGAUUGGCAAGUCUCAUGCUUGGUGUGUGCAUGGCAAUGCACUUAGAACACAAAGCAUGCAGUUCUGUAUUGGCGUUUCCCUCUCAAUAUUGCCACCUAGUGUACUCAACCGGGAACUGUUUUCCCUAUGUGAUAAGCCUGAAGAAGAAACAUUUGUGAUCUCGUACUCCUAUGAAACGUCACGUAAAAAUACUGACACUUUUAUAACUGGUCUCCUUCUUAGAGUGAAAAAUUUAGUUACAUAGUCCUUGAUUUAGUAAGCUUUUCAAAUGAUUCAAUACUGUUACAAAAACCUUCCAAAUGAUUAAUCUACAAAAAUUCACAUAGACACACACAGACAGUGAUAAAGCAAUUUAUUCGGCCUGAUUAUUUAUUAUUAACCACCAUCUAAUUACUAUUUAAUUGCACAGAUAUCAGACUUUACAGCACUGAGGGAUUCAUUCACCAUAGUGGGUUAAUAGUAUUCAAUAUAAGGUGGAUAGAGUGAUAAAGGUGGAUAUUAGUGAGUGUGGGCCUUGUCCCUCACCAUGUGUGUUGUGUAGAGGCAUUAAUAAUACCAAAUGUGAGCCUUUUUUCUUUACCCCAUCUAUGGUGAAUGAGGGAUUAAUGUUACAUCUCAAAUAAAAAAAUGUUGCUGUGAAAAAGUCUAGAUGAGAUGUUCAUUUUACUGACUACGCAUUCAUAUUUAUAUUCAAAAUGAUACCACUUCAAACAAUUUGUUUCCCCGCCACCACCUCCCCCCCCAAAAUGACAUUUCCAGUUAUUUAAGUUCUGCGAAAAUCCACCAUUUUACUGUUUAAAUACUACACAUAAUUAACUAAUCCAACACAAAUAAAAAAAAAAAGCUGAUUGUUUGAAAAAUCAACGUUAGAAAGUACUAUCUUGUUCCUAAAUAGAUAUGAGGCUAACACCCAACAGAGUAUAAUAAGAGACACUGCAUGACCGUGCACACGGUCUGUUACAAUUAAGGCACCUGACGCUAGGCCUAAAGCAUCCUUAUAUCUUUAUUCAAUUGUAACCUAGCUGGGUUAUUUAUAAUUUUAGAGUUACUGAAAAAGCUGAAUUAGAGAAUUUUUCCAAUUUGUCUAUUUUUUACUUAAAUAUGAAAUUCACUUUAAAUUCACUGGGUGAAUGCUUCGAAUUUUCGCAUUGGCGAUUAACCCAUUAUGUCUAGUAUACCGAGUACUGCCACGUUAAUAUAUAAUUAUAGCUUUAUUUGUAUUUUAAAUUUCAGAAUUUACCCAGAAUCAUGGGCUGCAUUAAAAUCACUAUAGGAUAAAUCAUUAAAAAUACUACCCAUCAAAUAAUCAUCUAGUAGCCAUUAAAGGGACACUAAAGGCACCAAGACCACUUCAUCUUAAUGAAGUCACCAGGUUGCCUUGCGCCUGUCAUGUUAGCCCUGUGAAGAAAAACAUUUUAAUUGAAACCGCAAUUAUUUUUCUGGUCGAAUCCCAACAUUUAGUGGCAGUCUGUCGGACAGCCCCUAGAUAGUGCUUCCUGGAUUUUAGCGUAAUAAAACGAUGAGGAUCAUUGGGUUGGACUAUUGGCAGGGGAGGCCAUGCUUGCUCCAUGACGUCGCUGGAGGUUUUUUUUAAAACCCUUUAUAUGCUGAACAUCACUAGGGACAGGGACACUUUUACUUUAAGAAUACAGGUUUGUAUUCCUAACGCCAUAGUGUUCCUUUAAGUUCAUUAUUGACUGAAACCUGGGUUCAUCUUAGAUUCCACAGCUGAUCUCAGAGGUCUUCAUUGCAAAUAGGAUCAAUUAAAAUCCCACUGUCAGCAGCAACUAAAUUUCAGUACAAGGUACGGAUCCAAGAUUCCCAAACGUGUCAAAAGCUGAGCCAGUUCUUUAUGGAAGACAUUGACAAUUCAAUUAAUUAGCGCUUUUGAAUACUCAGCAAACACUGAAAUUGACUAUUUUAUUUCAUACAGGUUUAGCAUUAGGUCACCAGAGUUUUCAUCAAGCUGUCCAAAUAUUAGUGGCCCCUCUCUGUAUGUUGAACCUUAAGAUUAAAAGACUACCUAAGAGUCCAGAUAUCCAUACCUGUGUAAAGCAUUUAAAGUUGUUAAAGUGGGUUUGUUUUUUUAAGUACCGGUACUUUGUCCUUUAAAAUACAGAACAUUUUUUUAUACACUGGGCAUUAGUUUUUGACCAGAAGAUUCAGCACCUUAGACACUAGACACUGACAGUCCAUCUCAAAACUCUGGACAAAAAAGGACUCCUUGGAGCUUACAGAGCCCGGGGCAAGUUUGUUCAUAUUUCUUGCUUUCAUAUUGUUAUUUUGUUUUCCAAUUUUAUCUGCCUCAAUGAUACGUAACACAGAGCCACAAGAAAAAGAAAAAAGCACAAGAAAAUGUCCCCUAAGGUUACUGACCUUUCAUGGUCAUUGCAUCUCCUUUUCAAAAUAAUGGGGAAUAUUAUGUGCUGUGACAUUCAAAAAUGAUCCUUAUAGUCUCAAAGCUGUAGAAUCUGACCAUAGCGUAACUCCACGGUUGGAUAGACUCAGGACAGGCGGCCAAGGGAAGGCAGCAAGGGAUGGCAACACUUGGUAAAUGUACACCUAGUUGAUGUUUUAGUAAGACAUUGGUCACAGCAGCAGCAAAAUGGACGUUUUUACGCUAAUUAAACCAACACACAAACAGAAUGGCUGAGGGAAACCAGACGGCGAUGUUUUUAAUACAUCAACUGCUUGUACUGAAGUUUGGAUUUUACAGUUCACCACAUGUUGACCCACUGAAUAUAGGGCAAAUCUUACUCAUGUUAAAGCUGCAUAUCACUUACUUUCACUUUAAGCAUCUAUUCUAACUGACACUCCUUAGAAACAUAGUGUGUGUCUGUGUGUCUGUGUGUGUGUGUCUGUGUGUGUGUCUGUGUGUGUGUGUGUUUUUUUUUCUUCAAAUCCUGCCAAUCUCAGGCAGACUGGAACAUGUGUAUAACCUAAUGCUGCCCAAAAUUAAAGAUACCCAAUCAUUGAACCUAUUCUAUUGUGUAAUAUAAAACCAACACCAUGGCAAAGCAAGUAUUAAGGAAAAAUAAUUCAAUCCAGGUCUUUUGGAGGCAUUCAUUAAACGUUUUCAAUGUUAUAAUGUCUCCAGAACCGUUUGAUGGUAUUAGAUUCCUAUAGUAUGUAUAUAUAGUAUAUAUUUGUUAUGGUUGUAAUUCUGUAGAUGUUAGUGAUGGUAUUUUGACAAUUUAUGGAAAUGUUGCUACAUGUGUAUAUGUUUGUUAAUUCUGUAGGCUAUAGGUAUAACUGAGCUAUUUACUAAAUGGCAACCCUGAUUGGGCUCUAUAAAAUGCACUGAGACUUGGCUACAAUGCAAUAACACCGUAGCUGUAAGGCUCAACAUUUCCACUUGACACCAACAGCCAUUGGUGGCUCAAAAUGUGGCCGUGGAAAGUAGAUAAUCACUCCUGCUGAGUGUGGUGUCGACUCUCUAGACUUGCAUUGGCUAGUAUAUUUUAAGGGACAGCGAGUAGUGUAGGACUUCACAUUUUAAGCAAUGUGUUAGGCAUUUGCUGGUCUUACAAAUGUCUUACAAAUGUUUAAUGUUAAAGGGACACUCCAGGCACCCAGACCACUUCUGCCCAUUGGAGUGGUCUGGGUGCCAACUCCCACUGCUCUUAACCCUGCAACUGUAAUUAUUGCAGUUUUUUUAUAAACAGCAAUAAUUACAUUGCAGGGUUAGCUCCACCUCUAGUGGCUGUCUACUAGAUAGCCACUAGAGGGCACUUCCUGAUUCAUAGCAAAGAUUUUAUUUGCUAGAGCGUCGCUGGAUGUCCUCACGCUGUGUGAGGACCUCCAGCAUCGCUCAAUUCCCCAUAGGAAAACAUUGAAAAUCUUUUUCAAUGCUUUCCUAUGGGGAGACCUAAUGCGCAUGCGGCUGACAUGAUUACUGGGAGGAGCGACGCCGACCCGAAACCACCGCCGAGGGAGAUCAGUGGGGUCUCAGGUAAGUGACCUGAAGGGGUUUUCACCCCUUUAGCUACCUGGGAUGGGACGAGGGAGAGGGUACCCGCAGUGCCAGGAAAACUGAUUUUUUUUCCUGGCACUGAAGUUUUCCUUUAAGGUUGGAAUUACUAGUAACACACCAUUAGAAAGAACCUUAGAAGUAGAUUUUUGGAUAAAGACUUGAUUAGUGAUGGCAAAUAGUGGGCCGUUCCAUUGUGAUUGCUGCUUGGGUAGUCUUUAUUGAAACUUAAUGUUAAAUGUUUAAAAUCCAAAGUACACAUUACUCCGGGAGUCCAUGUUAUCAAUAUAAAAUGAUUAUUAAUUGAUGAAGGGAUUUAUUUUUCAAUGCCAAGGAUUGCUGUAUUCCAUAUAAAAACCAAGUCUCUGUUAUUUCUCUUUAAUCCUAAACAUUUCACCCUACUCCAUUUCAGGACGUGUCUUUAAUGGCUCUGGGAAACCUAUUGACCGAGGCCCUUCAGUGAUGGCUGAAGACUUUCUCGACAUCAAUGGUAAGUUUGCCGUUGUCUGUAUAAAUCAGACAUUCACCUGGACAGCAAGUCGGGCAUACCAGAGAAGCAGCUUCAUAAUAUUAAAUUCACCUUUGGAUACAAUUCACACUUCUCCCAGGGUGGGCUUUGUUCAGUCUGUUUUUGUGUAUACCCUGUAUGCUUUCUACACAAACACAAGGAACACUCCCAAAUACAAAUAAACAAAUACACGAAUCACUAUUUAGCAGAUAUAGCCCCAAUUAAAACUAAAAACAGUUUGCAAAAGCUGCAGAUCUCUUGUCUGCUGCCUUUACAAGCCCUCCCCUUCUAACCACGCCCAGAAUUUAUGUCGCUGUCCAAUCACAGACUUCCCAAUGCAGCUCAAUGAGAAGUCUUUGUAAGGCAAGUGCUCUGGGCAAAUGCUGCCUCUUGAGUUCAGCUCCACUGAGCUAAUCAAACCAGGAGGUAACAUGACCAGUUGUCUGACAGCGGGGGAGGGAUGUAACAAGGUUUAUUUAUAAAAGUAUCAAGGUGUAUUGAAAGUUAUACUUUUUGUAAAAUGAAAAUAAAAGGACACAUUCCUCUCAGAUAAAGCUAAAGUGCUUACGGUGUUUUCCUCUAACUGCAAAGAUCUUUAUUUUACAUUGUUGUUUACCUUUCAGGGUGUGUGCUUUGUAUAGUAGCAGAGGGCUGGAGUUGGAGGAAGUUUGACAACAAACCAGCAACAAUAUCUCUAGUCUACACCUUUGCUUGCAACAAGUAAAUCAUCUUUAAAAGGCUUUUAAAAAAAAAUUGCAUUGAAAAAAACUAGAUACAUGCUGAGGUGUCGGUGUUUUUCUGGUUUUAUGAGAUUUUUUUGUAUCCUUAUAGAGAAAAUAUUCUUGUUGCGCUCAGCCCUUUUGAGAUAUUGUUGUAUCCUCCAUCUCCAGGCGCCCGUUGUUUUAGUUCGUCUCGGACCAUGGUGCUUGCUGAGAUAGUGGGUUACAGUGCUCGAAGAUUGCGCAGGCACGCUGCCUAAAUUCAGUGUUGGAAUGUUAGUGCUUUUUGUGUGCAAAUAUUGUUUGUGUUUGUAUCUGUGUCACAGUGUGAGGUGAGGAUGAUGUGGGCUGUAUACUUGCGGUAUACGGACCCCUAAGAUAUAAAUAUGGCCCUGCCUAUCGCACGAGAGCUCAAACAUUGUACAUCACAAUGAUUAAGGUAUGAGGAUUAAGCAAUAUAGAGCAGUGUAUUUUAUUGAUAUGUUUUACAAUUCCGUCCGUGGAUACAUAAAUUGUACGUGUCAUUAAAUGUGUGUUAUACACUAUGAUUUAUAUUAGUUUGUUACAUGCUAUUACAGGUCAACCUAUUAACCCGUACGGUCGAACCUACCCCGAAGAAAUGAUCCAGACUGGGAUCUCUCCUAUAGAUGUAAUGAACAGCAUUGCCAGGGGACAGAAAAUUCCCAUUUUUUCAGCUGCGGGACUGCCCCACAAUGAAGUAAGAGUACUCCUUACUGCUAUACCGAAUUAGCUGCAGAUUAACAUCAUAUGGAUAAACCAUCUUGGUAGUUGAUCUUUUGUGUUUUAUCUUUGGUACAAGAUAGUUGUUUCUAGAUCAGGGGUUUCCAAUCCAGUCCUCAAGUACCCCCGAACAGUCCAGGAUUUAGGGAUUACCCUGUUGUGUCUAAAGUGUUUUUUUCUUUCUUUCUAAAAAUACCUUAAGAAACCAGGGGGAAACGCUCACUUGAACAUUCAUGAAUGGGGUGCACAAGAUCCAACGCACUCACUCAUCCACUAAAUAGCAACUUCAAAGCUUACAGAUUUUAUUAGGUUUUUUUUUUUUUAGAUUUUUUUUUAAAAACACCUAAUCUAGGCAAAAAUAAUGGGGAUUUAGUUACAUUAUAUGAUCAUACAUUGCAUAAGCCUGCCACAACGUCAAUGUACCCCAUCUUUGGCAGGUUCUACUCUGACAGCCUAAUGUCUGCUAUUAUGAGACAAACCUUGGGGGGAAAUUCCAUCUAGGGCUCUCUACAGUACAAGGCUAAACAGGGCUCUGGGAUGAGGCAACUGUGGCAGGGAGGGAUGCAAAACCAAGGAGUUGGCCUGACCCCCAAGUUGGCCGUGUGGUGGAACUGAAUCCCCAUAUUUAGCUGAUUUUAUGUAGCCUUGUAAAAUAUAAAGCUGUAUUUUUCUUUGCGUGCGCUGUUCCCUAAUCUGUAUCUCAAUGAAGUGGUCUGGCUGCCAAUGUUGUCCCUGCAGUUUUCUUUUUUUUACCUUGCAAUGCAAAACAUUGCCGUUCUGUCAUACUGACAGCCACUAGAGGCGCUACCGCCCACAUAGCCAAUGAAACUCAGCUAUUUUAAUCAGAUGGUCUCGUAGACACCAAGUGAUUGGCGUAGAGUGGGAAUGUUCCAAACUUGUACACUAGCCUCCCAAUGUGUCCCUAUGGGGAAACAUUGGAUUGGCUCAGAUCAUCUACACCAAGCAUGUCAAAAAAGGUUUAAGCUUAUGUGGGCUGCAAAUGAGAGUUCAACCUAGACCAACACAAACUAAAAUUACUUGUAUCAUUCUCAAGCAAACGAUAUGUAAUCCUGAGUAUAUAUAUAAUUUACUGAAAAGCUUAAUUUCCAGUUACUUACUAUGCCCCCCAUCCUAAUGCACAGCCUCCCAUGGCCCCCGCUCCCCCAAUAUAACACACUGCUCCCCCUCGCUCCACUCUAAUUUAAUAAUACAGUGCCCCUCCACUCCAAUUUAAUAAUACAGUGCCCCCCACCCUCCAGUCUAAUACAUUACUCCCCUCAAUUUAAUACACUACACUACAGGAAGGUUCCCCAAAGCCUCUCUUCCCCAACCUUAAACCUUCUACCAGUCCAGCCCUGCACAAAAUUCUCUGUUCAAGCAGGCCACACGUUCCUCUGGCACUGUAAGCAGCAGGGGAGGGGGAGUAGCUGGCCUGCUCUGCACACUGUAGUGUUGCCGCACAGCCACUGGAUAUGACUCCAUAUGCUGUAUGCACAUAUCUGGUGGCCAGCGUGGAAGAAUACUUUGGUGCCGGAGGGCCACAGCCCAAAGCAUCCCCAGGGCAGGCGGCCUACUGGGAGAUUUCCCUGUAUCACGGUAGGCCAUUUUGGGCUGCAAAGAUACUCAUUGUGGGCUGCAUGCGGCACACGGGCUGCAUGUUUGACAUGCAGCAUCUACACUGAUGAUUUCAGCCAAAGACGCAGAGUGCCAUUGUGGAGGACACCAUUUUUCUUCUUGUGUGCAUCCGGUAAGUUUUUUUGCUCCAUUAUUUUUAGUUAUCAUCGUACUAUUUUUUUUAAAGAUUGGAAGGACAGAGCUAAUCAUUUUCUCAUUGAUCCUAUGAUAGUGCCUAGUCUGCCCAACUCAAUGUUACCAGUCUCCUACUGGUAUAACAAGUAGGAAUUAUUAUUUUUGGUAGUGGGCAGUAGCUUAGCAAUGGCCACAGAUAUAGUGCUAAACUAAAACAAUGCUGGAGAUGACCCCCAAUGUAUUUAUCAAGGUUUGUUUUGUUAUAUCAAGUUAGGAGAACUGAUGGUUAAUGUGUUGUAUCUGCUCAGAUUGCAGCCCAGAUCUGUAGACAAGCUGGAUUGGUGAAGAAGUCCAAGGAUGUAAUGGAUUAUCACGACGACAACUUUGCCAUUGUUUUUGCUGCCAUGGGUGUAAGUCAAGAAAGCCUGUCCUUCUUGGGUGUUGUAGCUCAACAUGAUUUAUUAUUAAUAGUAUUGUGAUAAUUCUGGCAAUGUAAACAGUUCAUUAUUGCAGAUAUUUGAUAGGGUUUGUAGACGUCCUCCCCCCCCCGUCCCUCAGGGCUGAAGGGGUUAAAACCCCUUCAGCCACUUACCUUAAUCCAGAACCGGGCUCCCUCGGAGCUGGUGACCUCUUCUUCCCCGCCGAAAUCAGCUCCCGAGUGGAGCCGAAUGCGCAUUCACAUCGCCCAUAGAAAAGCAAUACUCAAUGCUUUCCUAUGGGGAUCUGAACUCACACUGUGUUCAAUGCGAUUUUCACACUGAGCAUCGUGGAAGCGCCUAUAGUGGCUGUCAGGGAGACAGACACUAGAGGUUGGAUUAACCCUCAAUGUAAACAUAACUGUUAUGUUUUUAAAACUAUGGGGACCUGGCACCCUGACAGCUUAAUUGAGCUGAAGUGGUCUGGGUGCCUAUAAUGGUCCUUUAAGCAAAUAUCUGUCUAUGUAAAGUUAAAUUUUUUUACCUACUUUUUCUGUUUUUUGUCUAAGUCAGUUGAAAUCUUGUUUACUAAAUUAAUCAUUAAACAUUAUAAUUUAAUUCAAGCUUCGUCAAACGCAGGAACCAAUUGUUCUAAAUAUGACUACUAUUCACAUUAACUCACUAGUGUUAACGGAGAUCUGUUCCUCCUCUGGAGUUUACACUAUCGAACAAAACAUAACGUAUCACCUAUAACCUUUUUCAUUCUCUGUUUUGCUUUCAAUUUAUAAUAAAAAUUAACAAAUACCACUAUCUGGUUCAGAUAAGGCAACGUCAUGGCAAACUUUGAAACAUUGUUUAAUUUCUCCUCUUCUCUGUACUAAAUCUGUAUUAUCCGAAUCAACAAAAUCCGAUAAAAAUGAUCGAAUUACGACUUAAUUUGAAGAACUGCUAAGGAACAAAUUAUUGUUAUCAGAGGGUGUACUUUCUUUUUCCCAUGACUAUAGAAUAAGAGGAUGAAAUCCCUUACAUAUGCCAACAUAUGAAGGCCCUAAUUAAUUCUUAUUUAUUUAUUUACUUUUUUCAUGUGGCAGCUGAGUAGCAAGCUCUGCCCAGCCGUCGCAUAAUUAACCUUCAAGCCUCCAAGGGUUUUUAAAUAUUUGCCCACAGGUUGCUAGCGCAGCCAUCGUGCAGACGGUUCAGAUUUUUUUUUAAAAUCCGGGUUGAAGUUUUAUUUUUUGAGCCUGGAUUUGCCACAUUCGUCCCUGAUUUCAGUCGUCCGGUGGAGUUCAUCUCGUCUGAAAUCCGGGCCAAAUUCAGGCCCAUUCAGGACCUGAAUUACAAGAUUUGGACAUUGAUGAAUUCUGUCCAAAUGGUCCGUAUGCAGCUGGGUGGCUUUGCUCCAUUCGGGCCAUUAAGAUUUUAGUGAAUAACCCUGAUAGAGCUAAUAUCAGUUCCCUUUUAAGCAGGCUGGUGCUUUGUAAACUAAAGUUGAAUAAAAUGCUAACACCUACUCUUAAAUAUCACCUAACUCCAAGUACCUUCUAAACUUCAAGUUCCCCUUAACCCUCAGUAUCAUCUUCAUAAGUUAUCCCUUCACCAGACCUGAAUCUCUUUUCAUAUUCCAUGCCAAUAGGUGAACAUGGAGACUGCUCGAUUCUUCAAGUCAGACUUUGAAGAGAAUGGGUCAAUGGACAAUGUUUGCCUCUUCCUGAAUCUUGCUAACGAUCCAACGUAAGUAUUAGAGAGGAGGUGCGCCAUUCGACUAUUCACCAGCCGCCAAUGGGUCAUUGUAACUGUGCACAAUAACUGCUGGCUUUUUAUGCUUCAGCCUGACACUGUGUAUUAUAUCAUAGAAUAAAUGCCUUCAUGGAAUAUAUUUUUUUCUUACAGAAUUGAAAGGAUCAUCACCCCCCGGCUUGCUCUGACUGAAGCAGAAUACUUGGCAUAUCAAUGUGAGAAGCAUGUGUUGGUCAUCCUGACUGACAUGAGCUCCUACGCUGAGGCUCUACGUGAGGUAAAUAAUAUCUUGGAGAGCUAAAGCCCUAAGUGACCCUUUUAGGACUUUGAUAAUAGAAUAUUUUUCCUUUAUUUAUUUAUUUUGGUUUUAAUUUGUUUAUUUUAGUUUUCAAUUUAACACAUGCAUAAUUAGAAAAGACAAAAAAAAAUAGAAAAGAAAAAAAUAGAAAUAUGUAUCCUAACGUUUAUACUGAAAAAAAAGAACAAACGCGAACUAUACAAAGUUUGUGCAAAUGAAUUACAAAAAUAAAAAACAUCCAGAGCUAUUCACUAAAGUGAAAAUUCAAAGUGAAUUGAAAUUCAUAUUUUUGGUUAAAAUAGCAAAACUGGAAAAACUGUCUAAUCUAUACUUUCAGUUCCGCUAUCCUGGCAUUAAAUGGGAAAUUCACUUAAUUGUCACCUUAGUUUAAUAACCCAUUAAGUCAGUAACCUCUUACCUAGAAGCUUACUGACUUCCUUGAGAUGAAAUGAAAGAGAAGUUGACGUAAACUCAGAUUUUAAAACCUGCCCCAGAGAGACUACAAUGUAACGCUUUCAAUGAUUGGGCAAUUUUCUAAAGCUCGAGAAUUCAGCAUUCCUUCACUCCGCUUAUCCAUUUCAACAAAUGUGGUGCUAAAUCACUUCUCUAGUUAGAGGGGUGGACUCUGAAACAGCAAUAAAAUUAUACCUUGAAGGAGAUUUUUUUUUAGAAGAAGAAACGGAGGUAGAAGACAAAUGAAGAAGAACAUUUGUAAUUAUAAUGUUGUUACUCAUUAUGGAUGAAAUAACUGCCUGAAUGGCUGUCCAAAAGGGUUCUAAAUCUUGACAAGACCACCAGCCAUGUUGGUUUGUACCACUAUCUAGGUUAUUCCUUGUCUUUGUUUAGUUUUUUUUUGUAAAAGAGUGGAAUAGCUUACGUUCUUGCAUACUCACUCGCAUUUCUGGUGAAACUGACCAAACCAGACCAGAGGUAUGCAAAAUAUUUUAGAACAAAGUCAAAUAUCUUGCAUACACUUUAAAUCUUCCUACACUUUAAUAACGUGUUCCACAGACCUGGUAUUUUUAGCUUUUUGACAGGAAUUAUAAUGUGUAUGUAAGCAUUUUCAGAACGUAUUGUUACGUACUGUUAUUGUCAUUUGAAAUUGUGAGCUUCUAUUCCUGGAAGCAAUAUCAGAAUGUUAGCUGGCUAUCCCUACUGACUAACUUGUUUAAGUCCAGCUUAAAGGACCACUAUAGUGCCAGGAAGACAUACUCGUUUUCCUGGCACUAUAGUGCCCUGAGGGUGCCCCCACCCUCAGGGACCCCCUCCCUUUUUCCAGCACUGGGCGGGGAGCUCUCCUCCUCCAAUCCUCCUCCGUUCCUCCCUGUCGGCUGAAUGCGCACGCGCAGCAAGAGCUGCGCGCACAUUCAGCCGGUCGCAUAGGAAAGCAUUAUCAAUGCUUUCCUAUGGACGCUAGCGUGCUCUCACUGUGAAAAUCAAUGAGACAGCCGCUAGAGGCUUUGGGGGAAGGCUUAACCCAUUCAUAAACAUAGCAGUUUCUCUGACCUGGCACCCAGACCACAUAGCAGUUUCUCUGACCUGGCACCCAGACCACUUCAUUAAGCUGAAGUGGUCUGGGUGCCUAGAGUGGUCCUUUAAGGUCCGUCAAAAUUUACCUUGUACAUUGUGCUUAAAAAUUGAAACCAGUUGAUAACUUUAUUAGGCCUUAGAUGGCCUCCAGAAAGAUGAGCUAGAGGAUAAUAUAGCCUAUCCAUUGCAGUGGAAAUAUCUUUCAAAUAUAGCACAUUUAUUCAUAUAACCAUAUUUUAUGUAUGUUAGAGUUGAAUGCAAAAAUACAAACAUCAAAUUGUCCCACCCUUUUAAAAUUAAAGAAUAAAGUAUAUUCCUGGAAACUUGUGUACACUUUAUCCUAGAUUACUAGUGUUUUAUUUAAAAAUAAAUAUUUGAAGCAAAUCUAAGAUUUUUGACAAUUCUCUUUCAAGUGAAAUAAAGAAAAUUGUGUAAAAAAUGUGAUUUUUAAUUUUUAUUAUUAUUUUUUAUUAUUAUUUCUUCCUGGUUAAACUGCCUAUAUUGGAAAAAAAUCCAACCCAGCCAAAUAGCAGAUUUUCUUUUUACAAUUCUGCUUAGUUACGUCUUUCUCCAUAAUGGAUUAUGUCCAUUCUCUUUAUAGGUUUCAGCGGCUCGAGAGGAAGUCCCGGGCAGACGGGGUUUCCCUGGGUACAUGUAUACUGACUUGGCCACUAUCUACGAGCGAGCUGGGAGAGUGGAAGGUAGAAGUGGAUCCAUCACACAGAUCCCUAUUCUAACCAUGCCCAAUGAUGGUGAGUUAUUCUCUUUGAAAAACAACACAAAUAUACAGCAAGCUAUUUUUAUAACUUUUAUUUUAUUUAUGCUCAAGUAAUUUCCAGCACUUAAAUAAUGUUUAUCAGUAUAGAAGAGAUUUAAAUGUAUUAUUGGCAGCUAGUGUCACAACAACCUCAUCGCUGACAGACGCAACUUGGAAUUCUUACAAGGUUACAUCAAUAAAUACCUAUUUUCAUAAUUUUCCAACAUUCUGAAAAUAUAAACAGAAUUGUUUUAAUACUUGUGAUUUAGCCCAAGUGUUUAAUACUUUUGUUUCUAACGACAUGUAUUUUUUUUCUUACAGAUAUUACUCACCCCAUUCCCGACUUGACUGGCUUCAUUACCGAAGGACAAAUUUAUGUAGACCGGCAGCUCCAUAACAGACAGGUCAGUAGGUUCUCAUGUUGACCAGUAUACACACUCAGAUCAUGUGUUUGGUUGGUCAGCUAGUCUUUGAGCUUCUGUUUGUUGUAUAUAUUGAGGCUAUAACUAGCAGAGAACAACUCUUUUUACAGUAUUCUAAACAACAAAACCACAACACACCAAAGUGAAUCUGUUGCCUAAAGCCUUUAGGUACUGGGCCCUGAUUUUAUGUAAAAUCAUUCUCCACCGCAUCCAAAGACUGCCCUUUUCACAGCCAUGUUAUAUAUGUGGACUGCCCAAAAUAUACCCCAAAUUCCGGCCUAACUGAAAUGCACAAUGCUGCAGAUGGUUAUUAUGUAUAUAUUUUGCAGUACACUGAUUGGUCCAUUUUUUUGCUUUUUUGGCUUGGUCUUCUGAUUUGGUUCCUGAGUCAACAUUCGCUGAGCCAUAUUGACAUCCGGUCGAAUUUCGGGUGCCCUAAACCAUUUUCCAUCUGUGUAAAUAUGACUCAACAGAACUAACAUUUCUCACCGUGCACAAACCUAGUGUUUAGGAUUAGAAGAACGUUACCUAGAUGAAAUUAACACUUUGACAUAAAUCCUCCCUAACCCUAAAAUAACACUAAUCCUAUCUAACUGUAAACAAAGUGCACAGGCUACGAAGCUGUGCCUCGUGGUUUUACAAUACCGUGUGUAGUAGUGAACUCGGUCCUGUAAUGACGCCCAUCAUUGUAAAUUGUGCUGUAAACAUUCUGCAGUCUUUAAAAAGUAGCAACAUUAUAGUAUUACUCUAGUUUAAAGUGAUUUUCUUUUUGUGAAUUCACUGUUUAUUUACAUAAACUUUGGACCACCAUACUGUAACCCUCUGUUUCUUUCCAUCAUCCCCAAAACUUAUGUUUUACCUAAUAGUUUCAUUGAUUGUCCCAUGAACCAGGUUCACUACUGCACCCUAACUUUUUGUUCCAUGUAUAAUGUUUUCUUUAUUUAUGAUAUAAUAAGUUAUACAUGAUACAUAGAUAAGACAGCAGAUUAAACACGUGGCAUAAAUAGCAACUAGACAAUACAGUGUACAGGACCAGAGUUUAGCGAAAUUAACAUAGGUUCUAUCACAUUCGUUACAUUGUGGUAUACAGCAGAAUACAUUCUUAAACCUAUUCGGUUUCAACAGGUUACACGUUUAUUAUUGCACCCUAACUUGGUAUGGGUAACAUCACAUACUAUACAAUAAUUUAUUAAUUUCCAGAUCUAUCCUCCAAUCAACGUCCUGCCUUCUCUAUCCCGUCUCAUGAAGUCUGCCAUUGGAGAAGGUAUGACACGGAAAGACCAUGGAGAUGUCUCCAACCAGUUGGUAAGCACAAAAUCUUCUUUGAUAUUGCUGUCAUUAACAAGACCUCUCUUGAGCAUUUUUAGGACAGAGGGUUCCCACUAUCAUAAUUAAAAGCUUUGAGCUGAGUGCUGAGCUUCACAGCUGCAGCAUUGACACGACCAACUACUGCUUAGCAUGGUAUAAGGAAGCACUGAUUUUGCAUUGGGCAAGGCUUGUGGUUUGGGGAAUCAUUCGCUGUGGUUCACAGGAGUACUUUUAUAUUGAGGCAUUUAGUCUGUGAACUUAGACUUGGUGACUGUAAGGAAUCAGUAAUGUCUGAAUUCCACCUUAUGGCUUGACUGGUUGAAUAUGAUCUACACAAUGCAUUCUAUAAACAGGCACCAACUCAACAACAUAACUACAACAACAUAGGGUGAAAAUAAACCAAAUGUUUUUAUUCUAAAGCUAUCAAGAAACCAGUGAUGUUUAUAUUGUAUGUGCGUAUUGCAUGCAAUUGAGUAUAACAGAACUCUGUAAGUAACAGUAUUUCAUUAUGUUUGAACAGUAUGCCUGCUAUGCUAUUGGGAAGGAUGUCCAGGCAAUGAAAGCUGUGGUCGGUGAAGAAGCUUUGUCCUCUGAUGAUCUCCUCUACCUGGAGUUUCUGCAGAAGUUUGAGAAGCAGUUUAUUGCUCAAGGUGAGCAUCCAGGACAAAAAGCUGCACAUAAAAUCUCAAUCUAUAUGGCCAGUCCCGAUUAUGAAAAAAAAGAACCACAAAACUAAACAUAUAUACCUGUUAUUACCUGUGAAUUCCAUUGGUGGUAUCUGUGACAGAGCUCCUGUAUUCUGACCUCUGCCAGGUCAGCUUCCUAGCUGCCACCAGGGAUCUCUAGAGCACUUCAGACCCACUUGAUGAAGUUUGACUGGGGUCUUUGAGGACCCCUCCCGCCAGACCAGGCUGCAGUAAAUAUAGCUCUAGAGACCCUCUUUCCUGUUGAGCAAGUGAUUAUAGCGUUACUAAAUCAUUUCCCCUACACAUUAGAUGAGUUUGAAAGUAGGGGGUAGAAUGACCUUAAUUGCACAGCACACAGCUAUGCAAUGUUGACUGCCUCUGCAUGUGGUACUCCAUACAAUAUAAUGUAUAGCACAAUUGUCCCUACCUGGUGCCACCUUGUCUAGGGACUUGAUUGCAUUAUCCCCAGUUAACACAAUCAGACCCCUGAUGUGUCUUCACAUUCCUACACGCACAGGACACAAGAUGUCCGACAGAACAACCUUACUCUGGACUGUACCCCCACACAAUAUAUAUCUCUGGAAAGCUGGUCACGAAUGACCUCACUGUCCAAAUAGCACCCUGAUGAGAGAAUCUGCACCUUUUAGAGGCUCUUGGGACCAGGCCCAUAUUCUGUGUACAGGAGGCUGGCCUUCAUGUCUCUCCAAAAGUCCAUGGCAUGGGAGCAAUACCUUUUUACCCUUAAGGGUGUGGAAUGUGAGGCCAAUUAGAACUCCUGAUUUAAAAAUGAGUUAUAUUUCCCUGUUCACUGGAAAGCUUGCUGAUAAAUUAUCUCCCUUCUCUGAAAAAUGUAGCAUUUUUAUGGACCCACCAGGACAUACUCCGCUUGUAGUGAAUGCACAAGUUGUGAGUCAGCAACCAUUGGUGUUUAAUAUGAUGACGCUUGAAAUCUAAGCUAUCAUUGCUCCAUUCUGGUUGAUUCUUACCUUUUUGUGUCAUUUUACCCCACUCCCUCUAGCAUGUAAGCUCAUUGAGCAGAGCCCUCAACCCCUCUGUUCCUGUGUGUCCAACUUGUCUGGUUAUAACUACAUGUCUGUUCGUCCACCCAUUGUAAAGCGCUGCGGAAUUUGAUGGUGCUAUAUAAAUACCAUAAUAAUAAUAAUUCAUUACUCCAUCAGUUUGAUGCUAAAUUAUAGUUUGAUGUGCUGGGGUCUUUAAUCUUUUCUAAAGACCACUGAUGAAGGAGAAUUAGGAGAUGCUCUCCUACUCCUUCACAUAGAAAGCUCGUAAUUCUCUGCUGGGUACUUUGGGAGCUUGCUAUAUGUUGACACAGCAGUAUACUUUAUAUUUUUUGAAGAUUUCCAUACCAUACAUUUUGAGGUUUCACUCAUAUAUUAUGCUGAUUGUUGUAUUUUAGGUGCUUAUGAUAAUCGAACAAUCUUUGAGUCGCUGGACAUUGGGUGGCAACUCCUGCGUAUCUUCCCCAAAGAACUGUUAAAGCGUAUUCCGGAGGCCAUGCUGAACGAGUUCUACCCUAGAGAAUCUAGAGCAGCCCUGGGCGAUAGUUCCUCCUCUGCCAAAAAACAGUAACUGAUGAGUCCUGCCCCAUAACAGGCCAGCAGAAUGUAUCUGCAAUAUCCAUAAACAUAAUAUUUAUGUUUUAAAUGUGUACUUGUCUGGUUAUUAAAUGCUUUGAAAAUUUUAAAAAUAUGAAAUGUUUCAUUUCCUUGGUUGUCUAAAAGCCAGUUGACUGUAGCGUCUAUGGAAAUAUAGAGUUAAUCGUUUAAGUGCUCUUAAUGGCUGUGAAUCAAGUUCUUCAAAUGUCCGUUCUCUUCUCACAUCCACCGUGCGAGACAGAAGUUGUG